AUGGCCCAGGUAGGACAAGAUUUAAACACACAAAGAAUGUUUACAUGCAGGUCUGCUAACACAAACACAUAUAAAAACUGCACAUUACUCUAAAAAUGAGUAUUUGAAAUGCUGAAACUGAAUGUUUUUACCCACAACUUCUCCACUCUUUUCUUUGUGUCUGCUUUGCUCGCUCUCACGCAUUCAGAAACAUGCAGCAUCUUAUUAAUACAGUGUGACAGAGUGAAGUUACCCAAGUUUGGUGAGCUACCACUUUGACAUUUUGGGGCUUUUCUGCAGCUCUUAUAUGAAGUGCAAUACCCUAGGAGAGCAUAUUAUAUCACCAAAGAUCCCUACGUGUCAGAUCUGUCUUUAAAUAUGCAUCACGAUCAUGUAGGAGCGAUGGGCUUGAAACAUAAUUCGCUUUUCCGAUUUGGGCCUCCAGAAAUCCACGAUGAAAGACAACAAUUUAAAUUUGAGAGAGUUACAUCAUUGCUCAGAAAUUAUGUAAUGUGACAUACAAGGAUGCAAGGCUGGAUUACUGUUUUAGUGAAGCAAAACAGCCACCCAGGGAUGACGGACCCUCGUGGACAGUCUAUGUGACCACUACUUUGAUAACUCGUAAUUUGAUCGACUUUAUAUCUACCUGGAGCUACAAACAGAGGUGUGUCCAGACUUUUGUGACAGGAGUGGCCUGGUGCUGACUAAUACAGGGGUGGCUUCUGGUUAGGGCUGUCCCGAUACGAUAUCGAUAUCUGCCCGAUUUUAGCUAAAAAACAAAUAUCAGAUUAGAUCAGCCUGCAUCUAAAAACUCCGAUAUCAGAACUCCGAUACAAGCAGUCCAUUCCAGACUCCACUCCGGCACCUCUAGCUAGCAUGCAUAGCCCAUGUGAUCACAACAACAGUGUGUACUAAGGUACGAACAAAGUAGCAAGGAGUGGGAAGUCCUUUUUCGUUAAAGUCCGAAAAAGACAUUGCAGCUGAGUGCAAAACUUGUCAUGCACAAGUUUGUGUCAGUAUCGGAUCAUUAUCGGUAUUGGCGAUACUGAAGGCUAUAAUAUCGGUAUUUUAUUGGAAGUAAAAAAGUUGUAUCAAGACACCACUACUCUACAAAGGAAUGAACAUUGUUUAUUUACCCUUUCUGUGCUUCCCCUGAAGAAUCUCAACCCUAAUCCCAACAAAGUUUGGACCCUUUGUAAUAUCUUGAAAAAUCUCUAUCCUGAAAUCAUAUUUACUUGAAAGUGGUGUAAAGACAACAUAUCAAAAGUUGAAACUAAAAAGUUUUAUAGUUUUAUGAAAGAUUAAUGAUCACUUUUGAUCUGAUGCCAUCAACAUGUUUUAAAACAGUUGGGACAGGGGCAUGUUCACCACUGAACUGCCACACCUCUUCCUUUACCAACACCCUUUAAACAUUUAAGAACAGGAACAGAGCAGUUUUUGGAGUUUUGAAAUGGAAAUAUUGUUCCCCUUUUGUCUGACAGAGGAUUUCAGCUUCCCAACAGUUUUCAUGACAGGCCACUCUAGUACCUGGACUCUUCUACUACAGAUCCAAGCUGUUGUAACGGCUGCAGAAUGUGGUUUUACUAUAUUAUGCAAGAGCCUCCCUGAAUAAGGUAUUAUCUGAUCAGCAGCAGAUGAUGCUCCAACACCCGUAUAUAAUGUUCAGCACUCUGCAGAUGUUUAAACCUCAGAAAGUCAAAAUUUGAUUCAUAAGACCUGAAACAGACAAUUCACCUCAGUCCAUCUUAAACAGGCUCAGGUCCAGAGAGGUUACCAGUCUUUCUGAAUCAUGUUCAUAAAUGUUUUCCUUUUAGUGUUGUUCAGUUUAACCUGGAUUUGUGGAUGCAGCGAUGAACUUUCACAGACAAUGGUUUUUGGAAGUGAUUCUGAGCUGAUGCAGUGAUUUCCACUACAGAGACAGGCAUGUUUUUAAUGCAGUGCUGCCUAAGGGCCUAAAGAUCAUGACCAUCCAGUAUUGGUUUUUGUCCUUGACCCCUUUAGCGCAAAGAUUUCUCCAGAUUCCAGAAAAAAAUGCAAUUAAGGCCAGAUAUCAGAAAUGAAAUUCAUUGAUUAACUAUCUGCAAAUGAGCAAAAGUAGAUGAUCAUAUCCUCUGAUUCUUUGCAAUUUUACUUGGAGGAACAUCACGCAGUCUCUCACAGAGCAGUGAAUUUCUUACCAACCUCUCUGGUUUGUCCAUUUUUUAACCCAGUCACCUGUUGCAAAUGAAUCUUGUAAAAAGGGGAGAUGUUUCUCCAGAUGUUUCAGUAUUUUUUUUUAGACCAGUUCCAACUCUUAUUAGACAUUUUGCUGCCAUUAAAUUUAAAGCGAGCCAAUAUUUAUAAUUAAUAAAUACAUCAAAACUUUGAAGUUUUAACACUAGAUAUGUUGUCUUUGUACUAUUUCCAAGUAAACAUAGGUUAUAAAACAUCUGUUUUAACACAUUUUACAGUGGUCUGACUAUUUUGGAAUUGGGGUUGUGUUUUUUGUGUGAUACUUAGCUUUAAAAAGAAACAUAACACUUAAAAUCUUCUAAGUUUGAUUUAGUCAAGGACUCAUAAAGACAAAAAAAAUAUUGUUAUUAAAUGCCUUUUUGAUAGGUAGACAGUGGGAUAAAGCAAAUAGCCAGUCUUGGGGGUUUACAGAUAUUUAGAAAAGUACAUUUAAGAGUCCCAAACAUGCCUUAUGCACUGAAGUAGCCUUAAAAACAACCAAGAACUAAACAUCAACAUGAAAGACUACCUCUAAUAAGUUGAGCUCCAGAUUUUUGUUCAUCAAGUUUUAACACAAGAGCUCUUUGUAAGUAAAUCCAAAGGCAGUUUUUGAGUUCUGGGACUUGAAAUCAUUUACUUUGAGGGGUAUAAACAUGUUAUUGUGCGUUUAAUGUCAGAGCAGCGUAUGAAGGGCGACAAAAGCCUGAGAAAUGAAGAGAGGAGUAUUUUGGGCUUGUCUCUAUGAGAGAGAGGACGUCUCUGUAAGAGAAAGGAAGGCUGUGUAUUUUUAGCAAAGUGAUGCAGUUUAUUCAGUGUGUUAUGUAUGCAUGCAUGUGUGUGUGUGUGUGUGUGUGUGUGUGUGUGUGCAGACUAUGAAACAGAGUGUAUAGUCUUUCAUAGAUGCUGACAGACACAGUUGGAAUAAGAGAGCUCUGGGGGUCUUUAUGGUGUGUGAAUAUAGAGCGCAGUGUUUCCUUUAAGGCAGCGUGUGAGGGUGGGACGACUCAUUCUGCUCAGAAGAAUAAUGGAGAAACUAUGUAGUCGGUGUGAAAGGUGCAUUGUGUUUUUAGGGCCCGAGCGUAGCUGCUAAGCAGCUGCGAGAGCCCUAUUAUUCCCCAAGUGGUUUUUCUUUGUUUCUUUAGGGCCCGAGCGUAGCUGCUAAGCAGCUGCGAGAGCCCUAUUAUUCCUGAUGGAUUCUUCUUUAGGGCCCGAGCGUAGCUGCUAAGCAGCUGCGAGAGCCCUCUUGUUCCUGUAGUUUCCUUCUUUUGUUAUUAUUAGGGCCCGAGCGUAGCUGCUAAGCAGCUGCGAGAGCCCUCUUGUUCCUGCAUGUUUCCUUCUUUCGUUAUUAUUUUUCCUCCGCUUUAAACUGGAAAAUGGCCCACUUCCCACCGGCGAAAACUCAGGAAAUUUGGCAGGACGACCGGGCCUGGUGAAAAAUUCGAUAUUCUGAAGUCGCCCAAACAAUAAAAUGCAAAAUGGCUCCAUAGCGCCCCCUAAGGUGAAAAUUCACAUGACGGCUGUACGCUUUGUCAUAUUGACACAAAAAUUGACACACACAUGUAUCUCAAUAAGAUCUACAAAAAAGUCAGUGCGGGCGUAUCUGUCAAAUGUACGGUUAAUGGGUUAUUUUGCAUUUUUUGCAGAUCUGCACACAUUGGAAUUUCGCUAACUCCUCCGAAGGCUUUCGUUCGACCGGCACCACAUUUGCGCAGGCCAAUCUACCCCCCAUGGCCAUUAAAAGUUGUACAAAUCAUGACGCUGCACCCCACGGUUUACGUUCUAGGGGGCGCCAAAGAUAACCCAAAAUCCACAUUCUUAAAAGUCUUAUAACUUUUUAUUUUUGUCCUCACUGCCCUCCAAGUUUUCUAGGAUGAUGCAAUGUCCAGCCAUCAACACAUUUGUGAAGGAAUUUUUACUCCCCAAAAGAGCGCCCCCCCAUGGCAGGAGAAAAAAGUCAAUUUUUUCUUGUCCCCUUACAUGAAAAUACACAUUGUUGAGUGUCACGCCUGAACGCUUUGUCAUAUUGACACAAAAAUUGACAAUCAUGUGUAUCUCAAUUAGAUCUACGAAAAAGUCAAAAAGCGCGUAUCUGUAUAAUGUACGGUUAAAGGGCUAUUUCGCAUUUUUUGCCGAUUCGCACACAUUGGAAUGUGGCUAUCUCCUCCUAAGGCUUUCGUCCCACCGAUACCAAAUUUGCUCAGGGCAAUCUACACCCCAUGCCCAUUCAAAGUUGUAAAAAUCAUGACGCUGCACCCCACGGUUUACGUUCUAGGGGGCGCCAAAGAUGACCCAAAAAUCCACAUUCUUAAAAGUCAUUUUGGCCACUGCAGGAGUACAGAGUACUGCAGUUCUAGGGGGCGCCAAAGAUGACCCAAAAAUCCACAUUCUUAAAAGUCUUUUUGGCCACUGCAGGAGUACAGAGUACUGCAGGAUACACACACAUAUACACACACACACACACACACACACACACACACACACACACACACACACACACACACACACACACUCAGAGUCUGUUUUUUAGCACCUGCAAAAACAUGCUGUUUACAUAUUUGACAAGAAUGCAGAGGCUUCCUUUUGCCCCUGAAAAAAAUCAGAUUUCAAACACAACUUGACUGUUCAUUUCUCCAAAAGACAACCAUGAAGCUCCAUCCAAACCUGAAGCAGAUAGUUGGUGCAUGUGUACAGUAACCUGAGGGGAGUGAGGUGACUAUUUCUGAGGAGAACAUGAGCAGUGAAGAUUCACCUUGGAGCUAGAACAGGGACGUGCACAUGAUUAUACAGGGGCAGGGGCUCAAGUUUUUUCCAGUCAUUUAUACAAUAUGGAAAUUAAUGUGAAAUUAAACCACAAAUAUGUGUGAUGAACUGUUUUUAAAACUUAAACUUCAAAUAAAAAUUGUAAACUUCAAAACAUAUGCAAAUUUUUAACAAAGAACAUAGUAAUUUACCUCUAUUUACAUCAAAAUGCAGGCAAUGGCCCAGGCGUUCUUUGUAAAAUUAUUUACAAAACACUGUAUAGUCUCACAAAUGUCACUUUUUAUUUAUGCCACUACAAAAAAACAUGAUGUAAAUGAUGCAUGAUGUAAAACAUGAUGUAAAAAACUUGUGUAGAUCCUCCUCUAUGUCAGUCCAUGUGUAAUUUUUCCAUAAUUCUUUGUUUUUUGCAGCAUUUUUGUUAGUGUAACUGCAGAUUGUGCUGACAGUCUAUGGCAAAAAAAACAAAAACUGAAAAUGCCUCAACAUGAACCCCUGGUGGUCUCUGAGGGUGAAACCUGCUAACUGCUGCAGCUCUGUCAGCUUCAGUCUCCCAUGCAGAGCUCGGAGCGCAUGUGUGGCUCUGCACCCUUAGCAGCGUUGCUAACUCCUCAGUAAGGAAAGCCUGCUUCAUGUCAGAGUCUCUAAACUCCAGAAGAAGUCGAUAAAAGUCCCUUUCUUUCUAAAAAAAGUCGUUAGGGGGUCUGAAAAGUAAUUGAAUCUAACAACAAAGUCGCUAGGUUUGCAACUACGUGUCCCAGACUGCAUCCCUGCUGAGAGUCCCUCCCUCCCUUCUCAUGUUGCAGGAAGAACAUAAGCGCCCGCCCCUUGUCAUUCAGUCACCAUAUAAUUUUGGAUUGGUUGUUGUGGUGAAGUUUUCCACCAAUAGGAGAGAUGUUGUGGUGUGUUUUUUUUUUCUUUUGGCAAGCCUUUUCCGCCUGUAAGACCUGUCGCUAAUGUGUGCAUGCUAUGUUUUCCUGUCUCAUACAGCGCGAUCGAGCGCCGAACGUGAUCAAAAUAAGCAGAAAAAAAGUAUCGCGGACAUAAUUUAUCAUAACUCUGGUUUUAUUUGGCCUAUCAACACAAUUUAAAAACUGGUAUAUAGGUUGAGGUCCUCACUUUUGAGAUAAGUUGAAACGGAGAGUUAACGAGGCUCCGUCUUGCAGCUACAUCCGGUUAAAUAUGUCAUGUGACUUGAACGCUGGGGAGCGUCAAUCGAAUCGAAUCAAACCUAACUCUCAGAUGAAUCUUCAAAAUUCACCUCAGAAAUAUGCUUAUUAUUCUUCUCAGAGUACUGCAGGAUACACACACACACACACACAGACACACACACACACAUGCACACACACACACACACACUCAGAGUCUGUUUUUUAGCACCUGCAAAAACAUGCUAUUUACAUAUUUGACAAGAAUGCAGAGGCUUCCUUUUGCCCCUGAAAAAAAUCAAAUUUCAAACACAACUUGACUGCUCAUUUCUCCAAAAGACAACCAUGAAGCUCCAUCCAAACCUGAAGCAGGCAGUUGGUGCAUGUGUACAGUAACCUGAGGGGAGUGAGGUGACUGCUUCUGAGGAGAACAUGAGCAGUGAAGAUUCACCUUGGAGCUAGAACAGGGACGUGCACAUGAUAAUACAGGGGCAGGGGCUCAAGUUUUUUCCAGUCGUUUAUACAAUAUGGAAAUUAAUGUGAAAUUAAAAAACAAAGUAUGACUGUCCUGUGUAGGUGACAGUGAUAUCCAAUAGGCUAGGCACUCACGAGGCUGGCUGUGGCAAGUGUAAGUGAAAGCAACACGCACUGGCAGGAAGAACAGCAAACGCCGAUGAAGGAAAAGGGUCUUUGCUGUGAUGGGCGUUACCAGAGAGGGCGAUGGCCAGAGGACACGAAUGGGACGGGGAGGCAGCGCGUUGGGGGGGGGGGGGGUGCGACACGGCUCGGGCCCGCCAGUGCCCCAACGGGGCCCUAGUUAGGGCCCGAGCGUAGCUGCUAAGCAGCUGCGAGAGCCCUAUUAUUCCCCAAGUGGUUUUUCUUUGUUUCUUUUUUCUUUUUCCUCCCCUUUGAACUGGAAAAUGGCCCACUUCCCACUGGCGAAAACUCAUGAAAUUUGGCAGGACGACCGGGCCUGGUGAAAAAUUUGAUAUUCCGAAGUCGCCCAAACAAGAAAAUGCAAAAUGGCUCCAUAGCGCCCCCUAAGGUGAAAAUUCACACUAUUGACUGUCACGCCUGUACGCUUUGUCAAAAUGACACAAAAAUUGACACACACAUGUAUCUCAAUAAGAUCUACAAAAAAGUCAGUGCGGGCGUAUCUGUCAAAUGUACGGUUAAAGGGUUAUUUCGCAUUUUUUGCCGAUCCGCACACAUUGGAAUUUCGCUAACUCCUCCGAAGGCUUUCGUUCCACCGGCACCACAUUUGCUCAGGCCAAUCUACACCCCAUGGCCAUUAAAAGUUAUUCAAAUGAUGACGCUGCACCCCACGGUUUAGGUUCUAGGGGGCGCCAAAGAUAACCCUAAAAUCCACAUUUUUAAAAGUCUUAUAACUUUUUAUUUUUGCCCUCACUGGCCUCCAAGUUUUCUAGGAUGAUGCAAUGUCCAGCCAUCAACACAUUUGUGAAGGAAUUUUUACUCCCCAAAAGAGCGCCCCCCCAUGGCAGGAGAAAAAAGUCCAUUUUUUCUUGUCCCCUAAGGUGAAAAUACACAUUGUUGAGUGUCACGCCUGUACGCUUUGUCAAAAUGACACAAAAAUUGACACACACAUGUAUCUCAAUAAGAUCUACAAAAAAGUCAGUGCGGGCGUAUCUGUCUAAUGUACGGUUAAAGGGUUAUUCCGCAUUUUUUGCCGAUUCGCACACAUUGGAAUUUCGCUAACUCCUCCGAAGGCUUUCGUUCCACCGGCACCACAUUUGCUCAGGCCAAAUUACACCCCAUGGCCAUUAAAAGUUAUUCAAAUCAUGACGCUGCACCCCACGGUUUACGUUCUAGGGGGCGCCAAAGAUAACCCAAAAAUCCACAUUUUUAAUAGUCUUUUAACUUUUUAUUUUUGUCCUCACUGGCCUCCAAGUUUUCUAGGAUGAUGCAAUGUCCAGCCAUCAACACAUUUGUGAAGGAAUUUUUACUCCCUAAAAGAGCGCCCCCCAUGGCAGGAGAAAAAAGUCCAUUUUUUCUUGUCCCCUAAGGUGAAAAUACACAUUGUUGACUGUCACGCCUGUACGCUUUGGCAAAAUGACACAAAAAUUGACAAUCAUGUGUAUCUCAAUUAGAUCUACGAAAAAGUCAAAGAGCGCGUAUCUGUAUAAUGUACGGUAAAAGGGCUAUUUUGCAUUUUUUGCCAAUUCGCACACAUUGGAAUUUCGCUAACUCCUCCUAAGGCCUUCGUCCCACUGACACCAAAUUUGCUCAGGCCAAUCUACACUCCAUGGCCAUUCAAAGUUGUAAAAAUCAUGACGCUGCACCCCACGGUUUACGUUUUAGGGGGCGCCAAAGAUGACCCAAAUAUACAUUACAGUAGACAAAGUAGUUUUGCCCACUGAGUGGCGCCAAAGGGACUUGUCUGUGGAGUCUGUGAGUCACUAUUGGCCGUUUUUGACUACUUUAGAUUUUACCUUUAUAUUUCCUCUUACAAAAUUUUUACCUUGCCUUGCCUGGUAUCAUUUUUUUCAGCACAACCUCACCUGUGUCAAUUUACAGUUAUUUUAUCAUUUUGACAUACUAUAUUUACACAUUGGACCCAAAUUCACACACAAAACAUAAAAUCCGAGUGGAAAAAAGUAACGUUUUUACUGUGAAAACCACAAAUAUGUGUGAUGAACUGUUUUUAAAACUUAAACUUCAAAUAAAAAUUGUAAACUUCAAAACAUAUGCAAAUUUUUAACAAAGAACAUAGUAAUUUACCUCUAUUGACAUCAAAAUGCAGGCAAUGGCCCAGGUGUUCUUUGUAAAAUUAUUUACAAAACACUGUAUAGUCUCACAAAUGUCACUUUUUAUUUAUGCCACUACAAAAAAACAUGAUGUAAAUGAUGCAUGAUGUAAAACAUGAUGUAAAAAACUUGUGUAGAUCCUCCUCUAUGUCAGUCCAUGUGUAAUUUUUCCAUAAUUCUUUGUUUUUUGCAGCAUUUUUGUUAGUGUAACUGCAGAUUGUGCUGACAGUGUCUAUGGCAAAAAAAAAAAAAAAAAAAACUGAAAAUGCCUCAACAUGAACCCCUGGUGGUCUCUGAGGGUGAAACCUGCUAACUGCUGCAGCUCUGUCAGCUUCAGUCUCCCAUGCAGAGCUCGGAGCGCAUGUGUGGCUCUGCACCCUUAGCAGUGUUGCUAACUCCUCAGUAAGGAAAGCCUGCUUCAUGUCAGAGUCUCUAAACUCCAGAAGAAGUCGAUAAAAGUCCCUUUCUUUCUAAAAAAAAGUCGUUAGGGGGUCUGAAAAGUCAUUGAAUCUAACAACAAAGUCGCUAGGUUUGCAACUACGUGUCCCAGACUGCAUCCCUGCUGAGAGUCCCUCCCUCCCUUCUCAUAUUGCAGGAAGAACGUAAGUUCCCGCCCCUUGUCAAUCAGUCACCAUAUAAUUUUGGAUUGGUUGUUGUGGUGAAGUUUUCCACCAAUAGGAGAGAUGUUGUGGUGUGUUUUUUUUUUCCUUUGGCAAGCCUUUUCCGCCUGUAAGACCUGUCGCUAAUGUCUGCAUGCUAUGUUUUCCUGUCUCAUACAGCGCGAUCGAGCGCCGAACGUGAUCAAAAUAAGCAGAAAACAAGUAUCGCGGACAUAAUUUAUCAUACCUCUGGUUUUAUUUGGCCUAUCAACACAAUUUAAAAACUGGUAUAUAGGUUGAGGUCCUCACUUUUGAGAUAAAUUGAAACGGAGAGUCAACGAGGCUCCGUCUUGCAGCUACAUCCGGUUAAAUAUGUCAUGUGACUUGAACGCACACACACACACACACAGACACACACACACACACACGCACACACACACACACACUCAGAGUCUGGUUUUUAGCACCUGCAAAAACAUGCUAUUUACAUAUUUGACAAGAAUGCAGAGGCUCCUUUUGCCCCUGAAAAAAAUCAAAUUUCAAACACAACUUGACUGGUCAUUUCUCCAAAAGACAACCAUGAAGCUCCAUCCAAACCUGAAGCAGGCAGUUGGUGCAUGUGUACAGUAACCUGAGGGGAGUGAGGUGAGUGCUUCUGAGGAGAACAUGAGCAGUGAAGAUUCACCUUAGAGCUAGAACAGAGACGUGCACAUGAUUAUACAGGGGCAGGGGCUCAAGUUUUUUCCAGUUGUUUAUACAAUAUGGAAAUUAAUGUGAAAUUAAAAAACAAAGUAUUAAUAGAAAGGUAAUGACUGUCCUGUGUAGGUGACAGUGAUAUCCAAUAGGCUAGGCACUCACGAGGCUGGCUGUGGCAAGUGUAAGUGAAAGCAACACGCACUGGCAGGAAGAACAGCAAACGCCGAUGAAGGAAAAGGGUCUUUGCAGUGAUGGGCGUUACCAGAGAGGGCGAUGGCCAGAGGACACAAAUGGGACGGUGAGGCAGCGCGUUGGGGGGGGGACGCGACACAGCUCGGGCCCGCCAGUGCCCCAACGGGGUCCUAGUUAUUUUUCCUCCCCUUUGAACUGGAAAAUGGCCCACUUCCCACUGGCGAAAACUCAUGAAAUUUGGCAGGACGACCGGGCCUGGUGAAAAAUUUGAUAUUCCGAAGUCGCCCAAACAAGAAAAUGCAAAAUGGCUCCGUAGCGCCCCCUAAGGUGAAAAUUCACACUAUUCACUGUCACGCCUGUACGCUUUGUCAAAAUGACACAAAAAUUGACACACACAUGUAUCUCAAUAAGAUCUACAAAAAAGUCAGUGCGGGCGUAUCUGUCAAAUGUACGGUUAAAGGGUUAUUUCGCAUUUUUUGCCGAUCCGCACACAUUGGAAUUUCGCUAACUCCUCCGAAGGCUUUCGUUCCACCGGCACCACAUUUGCUCAGGCCAAUCUACACCCCAUGGCCAUUAAAAGUUAUUCAAAUCAUGACGCUGCACCCCACGGUUUAGGUUCUAGGGGGCGCCAAAGAUAACCCUAAGAUCCACAUAUUUAAAAGUCUUAUAACUUUUUAUUUUUGCCCUCACUGGCCUCCAAGUUUUCUAGGAUGAUGCAAUGUCCAGCCAUCAACACAUUUGUGAAGGAAUUUUUACUCCCCAAAAGAGCGCCCCCCCAUGGCAGGAGAAAAAAGUCCAUUUUUUCUUGUCCCCUAAGGUGAAAAUACACAUUGUUGAGUGUAACACCUGUACGCUUUGGCAAAAUGACACAAAAAUUGACACUCACAUGUAUCUCAAUAAGAUCUACGAAAAAGUCAAUGCGCGCGUAUCUGUCAAAUGUACGGUUAAAGGGUUAUUCCGCAUUUUUUGCCGAUCCGCACACAUUGGAAUUUCGCUAACUCCUCCGAAGGCUUUCGUUCCACUGGCACCACAUUUGCUCAGGCCAAUCUACACCCCAUGGCCAUUAAAAGUUAUUCAAAUCAUGACGCUGCACCCCACGGUUUAGGUUCUAGGGGGCGCCAAAGAUAACCCUAAAAUCCACAUAUUUAAAAGUCUUAUAACUUUUUAUUUUUGUCCCCACUGGCCUCCAAGUUUUCUAGGAUGAUGCAAUGUCCAGCCAUCAACACAUUUGUGAAGGAAUUUUUACUCCCCAAAAGAGCGCCCCCCCAUGGCAGGAGAAAAAAGUCAAUUUUUUCUUGUCCACUAAGGUGAAAAUACACAUUGUUGAGUGCUACUCCUGUAUGUUUUGUCGUAUUGACACAAAAUUUUACAUACACGUGUAUUUCAAUAAGAUCUUCGAAAAAGUCAAUGGCCACGUAUCUGUAAAAUGUACAGUUAAAGGGUUAUUUCGCAUUUUUUGCAGAUUCGCACACAUUGGAAUUUCGCUAACUCCUCCGAAGGCUUUCGUUCCACCGGCACCACAUUUGCUCAGGCCAAUCUACACCCCAUGGCCAUUAAAAGUUAUUCAAAUCAUGACGCUGCACCCCACGGUUUAGGUUCUAGGGGGCGCCAAAUAUAACCCUAAAAUCCACAUAUUUAAAAGUCUUAUAACUUUUUAUUUUUGUCCUCACUGGCCUCCAUGUUUUCUAGGAUGAUGCAAUGUCCAGCCAUCAACACAUUUGUGAAGGAGUUUUUUCUCUUUAAAAGAGCGCCCCCCAUGGCAGGAGAAUAAAGUCAAGUUUUUCCUGUUCAUCAUUCAAUGGCUCAAACGCACUGCUCUCUCGGCAAAAGCGAAAGGAGGAGCAACUUGCCAUUUGGAUAUAUCUUAGCUGUGUUUGUGCCCUCACUCAUGGUCCAGACUUUUUUCAAAUAGGACAUGGAGUUUUUCUGCAGCGAGCGUUUUGGUAGAAACUGCGCCUCCCGUUCAUUAUAAUGGUAAAUGACCACAAACAAGUGCGCACACCAUCUUUGGACCUUGAGUGUGACGCGAUCGGGUGGGGGAGGCGGUCGCGCUGGGGGCGGCGUGACACGGCUCGGGCCCGCCAGUGCCCCAACGGGGCCCUAGUUAUUAUUUUUCCUCCCCUUUAAACUGGAAAAUGGCCCACUUCCCACUGGUGAAAACUCAUGAAAUUUGGCAGGACGACCGGGCCUGGUGAAAAAUUUGAUAUUCUGAAGUCGCCCAAACAAUAAAAUGCAAAAUGGCUCCAUAGCGCCCCCUAAGGUGAAAAUUCACACUAUUGACUGUCACGCCUGUACGCUUUGUCAAAAUGACACAAAAUUUGACACACACAUGUAUCUCAAUAAGAUCUACAAAAAAGUCAGUGCGGGCGUAUCUGUCAAAUGUACGGUUAAAGGGUUAUUUCGCAUUUUUUGGCGAUCCGUACACAUUGGAAUUUCGCUAACUCCUCCGAAGGCUUUCGUUCCACCGGCACCACAUUUGCUCAGGCCAAUCUACACCCCAUGGCCAUUAAAAGUUAUUCAAAUCAUGACGCUGCACCCCACGGUUUAGGUUCUAGGGGGCGCCAAAGAUAACCCUAAGAUCCACAUAUUUAAAAGUCUUAUAACUUUUUAUUUUUGCCCUCACUGGCCUCCAAGUUUUCUAGGAUGAUGCAAUGUCCAGCCAUCAACACAUUUGUGAAGGAAUUUUUACUCCCCAAAAGAGCGCCCCCCCAUGGCAGGAGAAAAAAGUCCAUUUUUUCUUGUCCCCUAAGGUGAAAAUACACAUUGUUGAGUGUAACACCUGUACGCUUUGGCAAAAUGACACAAAAAUUGACACACACAUGUAUCUCAAUAAGAUCUACGAAAAAGUCAAUGCGCGCGUAUCUGUCAAAUGUACGGUUAAAGGGUUAUUCCGCAUUUUUUGCCGAUCCGCACACAUUGGAAUUUCGCUAACUCCUCCGAAGGCUUUCAUUCCACCGGUACCACAUUUGCUCAGGCCAAUCUACACCCCAUGGCCAUUAAAAGUUAUUCAAAUCAUGACGCUGCAUCCCACGGUUUAGGUUCUAGGGGGCGCCAAAGAUAACCCUAAAAUCCACAUAUUUAAAAGUCUUAUAACUUUUUAUUUUUGUCCUCACUGGCCUCCAAGUUUUCUAGGAUGAUGCAAUGUCCAGCCAUCAACACAUUUGUGAAGGAAUUUUUACUCCCCAAAAGAGCGCCCCCCCAUGGCAGGAAAAAAAAGCCAAUUUUUUCUUGUCCCCUAAGGUGGAAAUUCACACUAUUGACUGUCACGCCUGUACGCUUUAUCAUAUUGACACAAAAAUUGACACACAUAUGUAUCUCAAUAAGAUCUACAAAAGAGUCGAUUCGCGCGUAUCUGUCAAAUGUACGGUUAAAGGGCUAUUUUGCAUUUUUUGCCGAUUCGCACACAUUGGAAUGUGGCUAACUCCUCCUAAGGCUUUCAUCCCACUGACACCAAAUUUGCUCAGGCCAAUCUACACCCCAUGGCCAUUCAAAGUUGUAAAAAUCAUGACGCUGCACCCCACGGUUUACGUUCUAGGGGGCGCCAAAGAUGACCCAAAAAUCCACAUUCUUCAAAGAAUCCACAUGCCCCCCCCCCCCAUAUGGCAGGAGAAAAAGUUAAGUUUUUCCUGCCCAUCGCUCAAUGGCUCAAUCGCAUCGCUCUCCAGGCAACACCGUAAGGAGGAGCAACCUGCCAUUUCGAUAUAUCAUAGCUGUGUUUGUGCCCUCACUCAUGGUCCAGACUUUUUUCAAAUAGGACAUGAAGUUUGUCUGCAGCGAGUGUUUUGGUAGAAACUGCGCCUCCCAUUCAUUAUAAUAGGAAAUGACCACAGACAAGUGCGCACACCAUCUUUGGAUCUUGAGUGUGACGCGAUCGGGAGGGGGAGGCGGUCGCACUGGGGGCGGCGCGACACGGCUCGGGCCCGACAGUGCCCCAACGGGGUCCUAGUUCUUCUUCUUCUUCUUCUUAUUAUUUUUCUGCCCCUUUGAACUGGAAAAUGGCCCACUUCCCACUGGUGAAAAGUCAUGAAAUUUGGCAGGACGACCGGGCCUGGUGAAAAAUUCGAUAUUCUGAAGUCGCCCAAAAAAUCAAAUGCAAAAUGGCUCCAUAGCGCCCCCUAAGGUGAAAAAUUCACAUGAUUGAGUGUCACGCCUGUACGCUUUGUCAAAAUGACACAAAAUUUGACACACACGUGUAUCUCAAUAAGAUCUACAAAAAAGUCAGCGCGGGCGUAUCUGUCAAAUGUACGGUUAAAGGGCUAUUUCGCAUUUUUUGCCGAUCCGCACACAUUGGAAUUUCGCUAACUCCUCCGAAGGCUUUCGUUCCACCGGCACCAAAUUUGCUCAGGCCAAUCUACACCCAAUGGCCAUUAAAAGUUGUACAAAUCAUGACGCUGCAUCCCACGGUUUACGUUCUAGGGGGCGCCAAAGAUAACCCAGAAAUCCACAUUCUUAAAAGUCGUAUAACUUUUUAUUUUUGUCCUCACUGGCCUCCAAGUUUUCUAGGAUGAUGCAAUGUCUAGCCAUCAACACAUUUGUGAAGGAAUUUUUACUCCCCAAAAGAGCGCCCCCCCAUGGCAGGAGAAAAAAGUCCAGUUUUUCUUCCCCCUAAGGUGAAAAUUCACAUUAUUGAGUGUCACGCCUGUACGCUUUGUCAUAUUGAAACAAACUUUGACAAUCACGUGUUUCUCAAUAAGAUCUACGAAAUAGUCAAUGGGCGCGUAUCUGUAAAAUGUACGGUUAAAGGGCUAUUUCGCAUUUUUGGUCGAUUCGCACACAUUGGAAUGUGGCUAACUCCUCCUAAAUCUUUCGUUCCACUGACACCAAAUUUACUCAGGCCAAUCUACACCCCAUGGCCAUUCAAAGUUGUAAAAAUCAUGACGCUGCACCCCACGGUUUAUGUUCUAGGGGGCGCCAAAGAUAACCCAAAAAUCCACAUUCUUAAAAGUCUUAUAACUUUUUAUUUUUGUCCUCACUGGCCUCCAAGUUUUCUAGGAUGAUGCAAUGUCUAGCCAUCAACACAUUUGUGAAGGAAUUUUUACUCCCUAAAAGAGCGCCCCCCCAUGGCAGGAGAAAAAGUCAAGUUUUUCCUGCCCAUCGCUCAAUGACUCAAACACAUCGCUCUCUCGGCAAAACCGAAAGGAGGAGCAACUUGCCAUUUGGAUAUAUCCUAGCUGUGUUUGUGCCCUCACUCAUGGUCCAGUCCUUUUCAAAUAGGACAUGUAGUUUGUCUGCGGCGAGCGUUUUGGUAGAAACUGCGCCUCCCAUUCAUUAUAAUUGUAAAUGACCACAGACAAGUGCGCACACCAUCUUUGGACCUUGAGUGUGACGCGAUCGGUAGGGAGAGGCGGUCGUGUUGGGGGCGGCGCGACACGGCUCGGGCCCGCCAGUGCCCCAACGGGGCCCUAGUUUUUCUUUUUCCUCCCCUUUGAACUGGAAAAUGGCCCACUUCCCACUGGCGAAAACCUAUGAAAUUUGGCAGGACGACCGGGCCUGGUGAAAAAUUUGAUAUUCCGAAGUCGCCCAAACAAGAAAAUGCAAAAUGGCUCCAUAGCGCCCCCUAAGGUGAAAAUUCACACUAUUCACUGUCACGCCUGUACGCUUUGUCAAAAUGACACAAAAAUUGACACACACAUGUAUCUCAAUAAGAUCUACAAAAAAGUCAGUGCGGGCGUAUCUGUCAAAUGUACGGUUAAAGGGUUAUUUCGCAUUUUUUGCCGAUCCGCACACAUUGGAAUUUCGCUAACUCCUCCGAAGGCUUUCGUUCCACCGGCACCACAUUUGCUCAGGCCAAUCUACACCCCAUGGCCAUUAAAAGUUAUUCAAAUCAUGACGCUGCACCCCACGGUUUAGGUUCUAGGGGGCGCCAAAGAUAACCCUAAGAUCCACAUAUUUAAAAGUCUUAUAACUUUUUAUUUUUGCCCUCACUGGCCUCCAAGUUUUCUAGGAUGAUGCAAUGUCCAGCCAUCAACACAUUUGUGAAGGAAUUUUUACUCCCCAAAAGAGCGCCCCCCCAUGGCAGGAGAAAAAAGUCCAUUUUUUCUUGUCCCCUAAGGUGAAAAUACACAUUGUUGAGUGUAACACCUGUACGCUUUGGCAAAAUGACACAAAAAUUGACACACACAUGUAUCUCAAUAAGAUCUACGAAAAAGUCAAUGCGCGCGUAUCUGUCAAAUGUACGGUUAAAGGGUUAUUCCGCAUUUUUUGCCAAUCCGCACACAUUGGAAUUUCGCUAACUCCUCCGAAGGCUUUCCUUCCACCGGCACCACAUUUGCUCAGGCCAAUCUACACCCCAUGGCCAUUAAAAGUUAUUCAAAUCAUGACGCUGCACCCCACGGUUUAGGUUCUAGGGGGCGCCAAAGACAACCCUAAAAUCCACAUAUUUAAAAGUCUUAUAACUUUUUAUUUUUGUCCCCACUGGCCUCCAAGUUUUCUAGGAUGAUGCAAUGUCCAGCCAUCAACACAUUUGUGAAGGAAUUUUUACUCGGCAAAAGAGCGCCCCCCCAUGGCAGGAGAAAAAAGUCAAUUUUUUCUUGUCCACUAAGGUGAAAAUACACAUUGUUGAGUGCUACGCCUGUAUGUUUUGUCGUAUUGACACAAAAUUUUACAUACACGUGUAUUUCAAUAAGAUCUACGAAAAAGUCAAUGCGCGCGUAUCUGUCAAAUGUACGGUUAAAGGGUUAUUCCGCAUUUUUUGCCGAUCCGCACACAUUGGAAUUUCGCUAACUCCUCCGAAGGCUUUCGUUCCACCGGCACCACAUUUGCUCAGGCCAAUCUACACCCCAUGGCCAUUAAAAGUUAUUCAAAUCAUGACGCUGCACCCCACGGUUUAGGUUCUAGGGGGCGCCAAAGAUAACCCUAAAAUCCACAUAUUUAAAAGUCUUAUAACUUUUUAUUUUUGUCCCCACUGGCCUCCAAGUUUUCUAGGAUGAUGCAAUGUCCAGCCAUCAACACAUUUGUGAAGGAAUUUUUACUCGGCAAAAGAGCGCCCCCCAUGGCAGGAGAAAAAAGUCAAUUUUUUCUUGUCCACUAAGGUGAAAAUACACAUUGUUGAGUGCUACGCCUGUAUGUUUUGUCGUAUUGACACAAAAUUUUACAUACACGUGUAUUUCAAUAAGAUCUUCGAAAAAGUCAAUGGCCACGUAUCUGUAAAAUGUACAGUUAAAGGGUUAUUUCGCAUUUUUUGCAGAUUCGCACACAUUGGAAUUUCGCUAAUUCCUCCGAAGGCUUUCGUUCCACCGGCACCACAUUUGCUCAGGCCAAUCUACACCCCAUGGCCAUUAAAAGUUAUUCAAAUCAUGACGCUGCACCCCACGGUUUAGGUUCUAGGGGGCGCCAAAUAUAACCCUAAAAUCCACAUAUUUAAAAGUCUUAUAACUUUUUAUUUUUGUCCUCACUGGCCUCCAUGUUUUCUAGGAUGAUGCAAUGUCCAGCCAUCAACACAUUUGUGAAGGAGUUUUUUCUCUUUAAAAGAGCGCCCCCCCAUGGCAGGAGAAUAAAGUCAAGUUUUUCCUGUUCAUCAUUCAAUGGCUCAAACGCACUGCUCUCUCGGCAAAAGCGAAAGGAGGAGCAACUUGCCAUUUGGAUAUAUCUUAGCUGUGUUUGUGCCCUCACUCAUGGUCCAGACUUUUUUCAAAUAGGACAUGGAGUUUUUCUGCAGCGAGCGUUUUGGUAGAAACUGCGCCUCCCGUUCAUUAUAAUGGUAAAUGACCACAAACAAGUGCGCACACCAUCUUUGGACCUUGAGUGUGACGCGAUCGGGUGGGGGAGGCGGUCGCGCUGGGGGCGGCGUGACACGGCUCGGGCCCGCCAGUGCCCCAACGGGGCCCUAGUUUUGGAAGUUGUGUCUUUUGUGUGAGUGUGCGUGAUUGUGUGUAUUAGUCAGGAUAUCCUGCACUUGCUCGUGUAGACAGACAAACACAUUUAGGGGAACAAAUAGGAGAUAAAGUGAAGAACUUUCCAGCGAUUUAUGAAACACAAUCAAACCGCACUCUUAUGUCAAAGUAAUAAUGGACUUUGAACAGUUUUUACCACGGUUGAAGUUGAAGUGUUUUGGCUCUUCAAAUAUUCAUCAGAGGGGAAACCUUCACCUGGACUGAACUUUAAGCAACAAACCGACAUGAGGCUGUUUAAAUAUACAUGAAAAAGUGUCACCUAUAAAAGCAGCAAGAGUCAACCUGCAGAAAAUGAAGUCCCUGUGUUUACAAGAGCUUCAUAUAUUUUUAAUACCAGAGUGUGUAGUAAAAACACACACAAACCUUUACUCAAUAAUGACUGUCGUGUGUAGUUUGAAAGCUGUGCUGGUAUUAAAGACCUACGUGGAGGAUGAGGAGGAAGAAGCUGCAAAGACAGCAGAGAGAGACAUCCUUCCUCUGUACCCAUAAUCCUUUGAGGGAAAACAAACCUGAUCAAAGCACAUCCUCGAAAAGUGUUUGUUUUCUUUGUCGCUGACAGGCUCAUUGUUGUUUAAAGAGUCUCUUUUGUGCAGAAGUGUUAAGCGUUCACUUCAGAGUAAAAAAAAAACGAACGCUCUAUUUUUUUCUGAAUGAAGGAGAUACCUGUACCUCACAAUCUGGACUAAAGUUUCUCACCUGCGUGUGGUUUAUGGAAAGUCGGGUUCCUGAGGAAAUGCUGCAACAUGCAGCAGAACUUUUCAGAGUUUCCUCUGUCGAAAAUGUGGGAUGUGGGGCUCUCACUGCUUGAUUUUACUGCAAGCGUGCUGUGAGCCCCUUGCAAUCUGAGCCCAAUGGGAAUGGGAAGAUCAAGCAAUGCAUACCAAUAUAUAGAAUGCACGGCUGUGAGGUGAACGCACUGGUAGAUAUCAUCUUUAAAUGAAGUCUAGAUGCAUCAGUUGUAAAUCAUCUGCAUCAGUGCAGUGCAUUCAUUUAGAAACGUGAACAACCCAUUUGAUAUUGUUGUUUUUUUGACAUCCCUUCUAUAUUAGACCACCAAUAAUGUGCGCUAUUGUAAUGGAGAAUGAACUGGGAGUUGUGCAACAGUCAAAGUGUGACCAUGGAGGGACCUGCUGUAAUGCCGCAACAUUCCCCUCAUGGAGUUUGGAUUCGUCUAUGACUACUACUCAAAAGAAUGGUGGGAAAAGUUUUAUCUAUUUCCUACUAGCUAACAACUCCUCUUAUUCAGAGACAACAGCUGACCAAGGCUGAAGACCAAGUAUCAAACAUGGAAUGCUGACAUUUAUAUAUAUCAACAGAGACAUCAACAGAGCAUUUAUAUCUCAGUAUUUUAAAGCUUCUUUGAUAGAUUUCCUGUAUCGAAAUUAUCAAAAUAGACAACAGGGGAGAAUUUCAACAAGAUGUUUGCAUCCUCCAUUUUUAUAGAAAAAACAUCUCAGUGAUUAUUCGCUAAGGUCAAGAGUGCUAUUCAAUGGUCAGGUAACGAUGGAUCAGACAGCAAACUACCUCAGAUGUUCUGAUGUGCCGAUAAACUGCGUAUUUUGAGUUUAAACUCAUUACAGUCUGAAUCUCGUCUCGUCUUUAUCUGGAAAGAUAAAACCUUAGAUAAUUAAUAUUUCUUUUAUAUUUUGUCUUUUGAAGCAGUUGUUUAUGGAAUGUAAGUUUGUUCUUAUUCUCAUGAUGAAGAAAUUUCUGUCUGCUACUCACAGAAAGCCGAGUCGACCUGCUCUCAAAGAGAGUUGAACGCGUAAUUAUUCACCUUCAAUCUUGAGCAUCCUUAUUCCUGUGAGCUAGCUGUUUUAAAAUGUAAUGCUAACUUGAAACAGACUGAGAGUGCUCAGACAGGAACUUUUGAAAAAGGCCAGAGACACAUAAAUAAAGUGUUUGUUGGGAGCUGACUUAAGAAGUCAACUGCAGCAAAUCCUAAACUUCAAGUGCUUUUAAAUCUUUUCAAUCCCAAAUUAUUUUAAAAAGACAAACAUGAAUAAAUAAAAAAUAUAGAUAUAUGUACGUUACAUACUCUGGAAAUGAUCCUCAUGUUUUUAGGUGCCCUUUUGAGGUACUAUCUUACAAACCCUGAGAGAACUAGGCUGACUGUUUCCUCCUUUUUCCCAGAAAAUAAGCCUUCCUGCUUUAAAAGGUCUCUUCAAAUGUUUAAAAAUACAUUUCCUGGAUCCCUAAUGUAACGCUGCUUCCGUGAGCUUUGUUCAACAUACAUGAAGUUAAGCGUGUGACUCAGUGGAGUGACUCACACUGAGCUGACAUGUCCUCCACACAGAGCCCAACUCUGCAGCUCGGCUGUCUGAAGCCUGCGGGCGUCUCCUGGGACUUCUCCUCCUUUAUCUUCACUCGGUUACUCCGCAGAGGCCACUUGUGCUCUAAUGGUCAGAGAGCGCUCUUACAUGUGGAUUACACUCAGUUAUCGGUCUUACAGAGUCAUCCAGCCGCAGGGACGGACAGAAACACAAAAGAAACAAAGACAAGAAGAGAAAAGGCCGGACACAGGACAGCUACGACUUCUAUUUGGAUACGACAAAUUGACUGUCAGGAUGUUUUAUUUUGUGCACAGGCUGAACAUCUUUAAGUUCACCUAUUCCUGUGUCUGUUUAAGUGCAAGACCACAAAUGUUGUACACUCUUUAAAAACAGUCUUCUCCUGGUGCUUCGACCCUUGAUAUUACAGAAGAGAAUUACGCAAGAAGGAAGACUCUUUCUUUUAAUUUUGAAUCUCACAGCAUGAUGAUUUUUCUGCACUUUUUCUAAUGUAAAAUUUUUUGAUAAAAUAAAGCAAGAGAACUAGAAAAUAAAACAAAAACGAUGUGAUAUAACAUGACAAAACAGUCGAUUGAGAUUGUAAAAUAAAACACAUGCAUUAUGGACCAUGUUUCCAACCUUAGACCCUCAUUAAUCCAACCAAAAGAUCACAAAAUCACAAAGUUGAUGAGAUAGAUAUAAAGGUCAGGCUGUGGAUUGGCAGUGGGAUGGUAGUUGAGUCCAGUCUGAGUUGAAUUUCAAGUCCGUAGUGUCUAAGUUCAAGUCAACAAUGAGGACUUCAAGUUGAGUCUGAGUCGAGUUCUCAUCAUUUAAGAUGAUUGGUGUUAUUAUUCACCAUAAACAGGGGUCUCUUCUACUCCAAAUUAUUGGUUAUGUGAACCUCGGUUGACUGUGUGGGGCCUUUUGGACAUUAAAAAACACACUUUUUAUGGAUAAACAAAUCCUGUCAGUGUUUAAGGAUUUAAGGUAUAAUAAAGUUACAGCCUCUGAGUUGUGCAGAUUCGUUCACCAUCCUUCUCUUAAUGAGGAAAUUCCCUUGUCAGUCCUGUUGCAGGUGUAAAACCUCGAAAUACCUGCAGCCAACUGUUUUUAGUACAGGUUUGCUUUAAAGGGAGGUUGCGACAGAUAUCUCUAUAUUUGACCAUCUUCCUGUUGUACUGGUGAGGCUGUAGGAUGGCAGUUGGAUGGUAGAGAGAACAGAAAUCAUAACCGGCUUUAUUCACCACUCAAGUUGUCAAAGAGGCAAACAGAUUUUUGGAUGGUGUGAGGUUUCACUCCCCCUGAUCUGCUUGAAAGACACUCGUGUCUGCACUGAUUUGUUACCAUCUGUAUUAAACAUUUAUUAUUUAUGAUCCGAUAUCCUUUUGUGUGGGGAUCCCUGACAAACACCCCUGCAGACAUGGAUCAUAGCCGAUGUGAUGACAACAUAAACAUCAUCUUUCUCCAUGAAUUUUGUGGCUUUUUCUUUCUCUAACAUUGCAUCAUGUAUUUUUGUGCAUGUUUUCUGGUCAUGCAUUUAUUUAUUCAUUUAUGUAUUGCAUUUCUUUCUUUUUUUUGCAGGCUCAUCUCUCUUUGAGUGCAUGUUUAGUCUUUUUGGUGCCUUUGCCCUUCAUGGCUACUGUAAUUUUGAUAAACACGAGUCAGUCAGUGUUUUGCUUAACAGAUGUAAGAAAAAAAAAAAAAAAACAUAUCCAUUAUGUCCUCUCAGAUGCCUGACCCAAACGUGUGAUCUUUCUGAAUGGGAGCUGAACUCAGCCUGAUGACACAGAUCUGUGUGUGACAUAAAAACAUCUGAAAAGCAUGCAGAAAUGGUGAAUUGUUAUUAUAAUUUGUCACCCCCCACCCUCCCUUCACUCUCACCCUCCUCCCCCCUCCUCUGCUGUGUGCUGAUAACAGUCAGCUCGCUGCUGGGUUGUCGAUUACGGGCCCGGAUGUAAGAACAGUACACAAUGCUUUUGUGUCUCACUCCAUCAUUUCUCUGGUGUGUGUUUGUGUGUCUGCGGUUAGAACUCAAUAACAAACUGGAUCACGUUCAAAAACAAGAAGCAAAUGACCACAGAGCAGGAUAUUAUUGUGUUGCUAUUACUGUUUAUUGUGGGAGUGUGAUGAGCUGCGUGUUUGAAACACACCCGUGUUGUUGAGAUUAUGAUCACAGUUCAUCCACACGUCCAUCCACAUGCCAAUAAAUCCCACUGUUUCACUGCCGAACUGAAAUCAUUAUCUUAUUUUACUCACAACUGAUUGUACAGUUUCUGUUGAUUUCAAUGAAUAUCAUUUUUUUAAUUACAUGAUUAAAAUUAUAUUAUUUAGCAUUUGGAUACAGUUUCUUAUUGUGAUUAGAUCUCAAGUCUUAUCACAUAUGCCUCAACCUGUGUGAUUAACUGGUGGGCUCAAAGCACUUCGGUGAUAUUUUGAAUUCUGUCUGACACAAAGAGCAUUUUACCUUUGACUGCUCAAGAUACUGUUCAAAAGCCCGGUGGUGGUGGUGUCAUUGUUUUUUUUUUUUUUGAUCAUGGAGGCAGCAGCAAGCAGGAAGAUACUGUAGCAGCUUAACUACAGUGUGCUGUGAGGGACAAAAUACGAUACGAAUUAUUAAUAAGCUAAAUUCAGAACUUAAUUGCAUAACUAAUGACACAAACAGUGCAUUUACAUGACACUAGAAAAAAACGAAUUAUUGCCUUACUCUGAUUAAACCGGACAACUGAAGUGUAUGUAAACACCUUAGUCCAGUUAUUAUCGGAGUUUGAGAACUCUGAUUGGAGUCGGAGAAUUCCAAUUAAGACACCCAGAUAAUGCGAUUUGAAUUAAAUUUUCUCUACCAUGUAACCAGCGUAGCUGGAGUAUGAUCGCAAAAUGCAUGUGUGCUUGCACCACACCCCUCUAACCCUGGAAAAAAAACACCAGAGAGGGGAGUAGCGUGCAUCUCAUCUGCAGAAAAAGUAGCACGUUCAUCAUGUACGACAAAAACAACGCUGUUAAUUCGAUUCAAUUUUCUCAGCUGCAUGUAUAUGCGGACAAGGAGACAAGUCCGAUUCAGCGAAAACAAGGAAUUAGGAUUUUAGUCCGAUUAAGCUGUGCAUGUUAAAGCACUGAGCCAUUACAAUUAAAGCUGUCGGUCUCACGUAGCGAGUGGAUUUAAAAAAAAAAAAAAAAAAGGCAAGUCAAACCACUCAAAGCAGAGUAUACAGCUACUGCUAGUUCUUAGACUCAUAAUAAUGCUGGAUAUGUGGUUGUGUCACUGCUGGCCUUUAUCAGUUAUUUUAUCGUUAAUAACUGCGUAAAGCAAAAAGAAGAGUGAAUUUGAUGUGAUUUAAAUUGCUGUGAUUUGGUUUUAAAGUGUGAAAAUCAUCACUGUAAAGCAGAGCACAUUGUUCCUAGCUAGUAAACAUGUCUGUUUUUAAGAAGAACACCUGAAGAUCAUCAAAAAAUCUUCCACUUCUGUCCGUCCUGCUACAAAUGUACAAGAAGUCUAAGUCACUCCUGUCUGUUCCACAGUCAUGUCUUCUUUUGAAAGAACAAAAUAAAAAAGAAAAACAUUUUUGGGACCCACCCAUGUAAGUAGGGUAAUAUUUUUUGUGCCAACCCAGCAUCAGAGAUCUGAGACAAGUCGGAGUGUUGACUCGGCUCACUUUCAUUUUUAAAAAUAGCUCACAUGGCUCUGCUUUAGAAAGCUCGACUGCUUUGGAUUGCUGCGAUGCUCCAGUGCAGAUCAUUCUUCCCUCAGUAAUUAGAAGGCUCUGGUUGAAACUCGGUCUCCUCUCUCAUUUUCUGCUGUGUUUAGAGGACUGUGUGCUAAAGAGGCAUAUUUCAAAUCAGGUCUUUCAUAUGAGAGACUUCAGAUUCACUUGAUUUUGUUGUUGGAAGAAAUGCAUUUUUUAGUAGUAGGUUUUCAAAGAACAUUUAAGGGACACUAAAGUACAAAAACAAAACUUAUUCAUAAACUUUUAAUACAAGGACGUGAGUUUUUCAGGUUUAAAGGGGUAGUUCUUUUUCGGGGUGGGGUUGUAAAGCCACACCCAUGUGAAAUAUGUUGUGUGGUUUUUGAUCUUUAUUUGUUUCAAACACAUCCAACAAAGUAGGAUACAAAUGAAAAUGAGAAAUAACUUUAACAGAAAAUUUAUCCAACGACUGAUACAGUAUAAAAAAGGAGGAAGGAAACAACAGCUCAUCAUUCAUUUAUAUGUAAAAUUUGUCAACAUCUAACAAUAAAAUAAGUAGCAAAAACAACAAGAAGCUCAUCUCUCUGAUCACUCACACUGUACUUGUCAGUUUUGAAGAAACUGGCGUUCCACAAGGGUCACUGUUAGGACCACUGCUUUUUAAACCCUUAUAUUAAUGACAUCAAUCAAAAUGUCUCCAAUGCAAACUGUCAUUUCUAUGUUUAUGACACAAAAAUGCAUCGCUCUGAACUGACUCCCUUCCGAUUAAGCUGUAGAUAAAAACACUUUUUUACGUGCUUUCUUUCUUUGUCACUAGUUGCAAUACACUUGACAAAAACUGAACCAUCAUUUCAAGAUACUAAACAUUAAAUUUGCUGUUAUAAUAAAAGAGAUAAAGUGCUUCAUAGACUUAUUCUAUGGCCAAUUAAAUCCAAAAAUAUUGGCAGAGUGAAGCGACAGAGGGACUUCACUCUGUUGGUUUAAGGGAGAGAGGAUGAAAAGAAAAAAAAAACUCUUUAAGGGGUUUCUCCUAACCUCUCAUUAGCAUUGGCAAAACACACACUCAAACACACACACACACACACACACACUGGCACACACAAACACACACAGCUUCCAUGUAUUCCUGAAGCAGCUGCUCUUCAUUGUUGCCUGAUGAAUUCAUGCAUUUAGACACACUCCACCAAACAAUACAGAGAAAUCUGUGCCGCUGAUUUAAUGAGCGAGGAAUGUGGAGCCGAAAUGAAAACGAUCCCCGAGCAUCGCAGCUAUUGUUUCAAAGAGAGUUAUAUUUUAUUUUCAUCUGCCUCAGUUUCCUCCUCACAGUAUCACAAAGAAACAAACCAGCAGGGACGGCAGUAGAUGAGAAGCAUCUGUUUUUUUGAGGUGAUUUUUCUGUUCUUGUCAGUAGAGUCUGGUAGCUUUGAUUACAGUAACAACACAGCUGUUUUUUGGAUUUAAAAGAGCAUCUCACACCUUAGCGAAAAAAAGUCUAACUCUGCAAUGUUGUCAGACACUUGGAAUAACAGUCUAAGCCUGCCAGAGCAAAAGCAAAAACUUCUAGUGGAAUAGCUUUGACUUUGCAUGUUUGCUCAACAGCAAGUUACCCAAUAAGUCCCAAAUAAAACUGAAAAACAGACACAUUUCCAUGUUGGUGACAUUCAGCAUUCAUAUGAAUCGUAUACAUUAGCUGUCUAAAAUAUUAUCCUGAUUAUUUCUGCUUUUAUCUCAGGUAACUGUGAAAAAAUACAGGAAAUGUGCAGACACAUGACUUCUUAGUGUCUGAGGUACUCUGGUGUUUGACUGAAAUCUGAGAAGUACCACUGUCUUAUGAACAGACCCUUCAGCUUUUCCCACUUUAAAAACAACAACAACCAUUCAGCCUCUGUCUGAAACAUUUCAUUCCAGCCGCUUAUCCCGUGGAUGUUACUUUUUACACAGCUGUGUAGACGCAAAAUAACCUGAACGUUAGGCUUCUAUAGAAAAUGUCAAAAGGAUAAUAGUUACCACCCAUUUACUUCCCCAUUGAGCCACAUUAGCAUGCGUAGGCUAUUGUUAGAUUAGUUUAUUUCAUUGUGUUAUUCACGGCCAGGUUUCAGUAACAGGUCACAUACUCUGGCCUUUGUUGACAAAUGCAUUAUGCAUUAUUCCUCAGACUCUCUUUGUCUUUGGUGAAAGUACCUUUAAUGUGUUUGCGCUCUACCACUGUUCUGAGUUACAAGUCCACCUGAGACUGAAUCAGUUCAUUAGUCUGAAGGGUUUAAAAAAUAGGAUGAAUGAUCAUCUUACCAAUCAAUGCACAUGUUCAACCUGCUAAAGCUGAUCAUUUAUUGAUCAUUGUAUGUUGUUAUGUAUUUGGUUCUUUGCUUUUGACUAUUAUAAAAAGGCAUCACUUUCAAUUUCUGUCAAUUUCAUAAACAUAUAAGCAGCCAGUCAUUUUUCAUUUUCAUUUAAAUGCUUGGCAACUCUUCGUCUCUCUCUUGUCUGAAAAAAAUCUGUGUUUCUUGGCGGAGACUUUCCUCGUCUCUGACAUCAUUUUCACGCCUCCGCUCUGCUAGGUUCAUGUAUGACAUCAUCACUUUGCUGCCAUCUGCACGACUCUCACCUUCAGCAGCUGAUUAUACCAUCUGCGCGCCGACAUACGGCCUUGCAGGACGAGCACGAUGUACAGGUUGUGCACUGAUGCGAGACAGAGUUCAUACGUGUGUUAGUGUGGCUGUAAGUGUGUGUACGUGUGUAUUCUGCUCUGCUCUAGUUCAUUCAUCUGUUUCUGCUUAAAAUAGAAACCUGAAAGCCUUGAUAUCUGUGUGUGUGUGUGUGUGUGUGUGUGUGUGUGUGUGUGUGCUCACUCCUGACCUGAUAAUAGGUUUCCUCCAGGGUGCAUCCCCUAGAGUCUUCUCCACAGAACACAGAGAACACAUGAUGUGUCUGUGUGUUUGGUGUGUAUUCAGUGUGUGUGUGUGUGUGUGUGUGUGUGUGUGUGUGUCACAGCUUACACCCCUGUACUCACUCACACAGAUACUCAUUUAUACCACAGUGUUGGCUCAGUAGUGCAGAUACCUGCCGUGGGAUUUUGGACCUUCUUCAUGCAGUAAAGUGUCUGGUGUUUUUUUAUUGCCCAUUUAACACGGAGGAUGUUGCCUUAAGUGCUUUAUAAUGGUAUUAAAUACUUGAAUCUGUUUGGUCAAAAUCCCCCCGUCAAACACAGGUAAAUUCACAAGAGUAAUGGCAGGGAUGACCUGAUUACACAUGCCUUAUCGACUCAAUCCUCAGACAAGAAUCCAGCAUGUUUCCUCUCUGCCUGUCGACACUGUGGCGAAAAGGCUAUUAUGGAUGUAUAGAUUAUAAAACACACAAAAUUCAGCUGUCUCUGUACAGCUGUGAUGGAACAAAAGAAGAAACUUCAAUAUGCCAAGGAAAAUUGAGGAAGAUUUUACAGCAUUGUUUACAUCAGUACCUAAAUUUCCUUUAUCAUGAACCCAAUAAGUAUUUAAUCGGUGUGUAUUAACUCAGUGUAAAGGUCCUUACACACCGGGAAUGACGCAAAUAUACAACGCGAAAUUACGAAAUAUUUGGAGGCAAGUUUUGACACGCCUGACUGUGAACAUCAAACGCAAUGCAAUUUUGCGACUUUCCAGGGGGGAGAAUAAGACGAAUCGCGGGUGGAAGCGAGAAAACUGACACAACAGCAGAUUGACUGUUUUUCAGUUCUGAUUGGACACUAGUGUUAAGAUGUCUGUCAUGAUAGCAUGUACUGAGUCUGGGCCAGUACCAGAUAAGCACAUUAAACUAUAAUCCAUAAAUGUAAGGUAACAACCAAGACCUAAUGGUGCUGUGACAGCAACGCGAUUGAGUUUGAGACAGUGAAAAUACAAAUGGUAUGUUGUGUCUGAAUAGGUUAGCUUGCGAGCUAAAGUAAAGUAAAGUUAGCAUAGAUGAAAGUUAAAACAAAGACGUUUAGCAAACUGUUAAAGCACACAAACCAUUGUUAUAAGAGAAAUCCAACACUGUGACGCUCCACAAGUUUUCCUUCAGGUUGUUAUCUUUGUAAUGUUCGUGCUUUUUAUCAAAAAGCACUCUGUUCUCCAACACGUAAACAAUCAGCCAGUCGGCCAUGUUGGAUAUACCGGUGAAUCUGACAUUACAACAACGCUCAAUCUGAUUGGUCAGAAGUGGACACACAGUAUGCAAAACUUUAGAAAAAUCGACCAUGAUAAGAAAAAUAAAUAAAUAAAUGAAUAUUGACAUCUGAAAUAAUCGCACGCAAAAAAAAAAACGCUUGAAAGGACCUUAAAACAUGAAAUCAGUAAACAUUUCAAAUCCAUGAUAAAGACAAACUUUGAGAACACAAUGGCCCGUUCAGUGAUUCUGUGUCUUUGGGGUGAUCCAGAGGGUCACUUAUCUCAUCCUGCUGUGGGUUUCAGUUACAUAAGGUGAGUUGAAAGUAAGUCAAAUUCAACACAAGUUUAUGGACCUGGGUCACCAAGGAUGAGUAUUUUCAGCUUCAGUGACACGAGGCUUUCGUCUAUAAAUAACCAACAUCAGGUGUGAAUUAUUUAAGUAAAUUUCUUCAAAAAUGUAGAUUUCAGAGACUACUCUCAUGGCUUCUUUUCUAAUGCUGUAGAGCUAACUGCUAGCUUGUUUUAUGAUAUACAUAUCAUCUAAAAGUGUCUUUGAACUCUUUCCUGUAUUACUUUGUGUUUCUGUUUUUUUCACACAGAAUUCAUAAACAUUGUCAUUAUGUUUUGACCAAUCAGAAUCCAAAAUAAGAGAAAUAAAUUCAUGAAACUCCUUAUGCCAUUAGUUAGUUAGGAAAGUAAAGGAAAGAUUAAUACAGAAAAUGUUUUAAAAACUAAAAUUUUGGAUUCUGAGAGACUGAAAUGUCUAAAAUCCAUCACUCUUCAUCAUCACCUGUGUAACUGUACUGUAAAGACUGUGUGAACUGUGUCGGUCAGUUAACAUGCUUGUGUGUGUGUGUAUGUGUGUGUGGUAUAAGGACGAGUGUAUGUGAUUGUGAGCGGGUGAGCGUGGUGAUUGGUGGCAAGGUUUAAAUCCAGCAGAUUAAGGCUGUUGUGUAAUGCUAUGUAGGAUUGACAUGUGCCCUCCGCGAGGAUUAAACAUAUUCUCUAUGGAUGAACUGAGGGGACCUCACUGCUCCUCUUAUGGUCAGGUGUCUGUCAGGAAAGACAGGUUCAAUUUUCACAUUCAGGGGCUCAACUGUUUAAAAAUUUUAACUCUGUAAUUAACUUAAAAGAUAAAGUACCCCAAACAUAUUUUUCAUUUUUUUUACUUAGCAGGCAAAUUACAAGGAUGCGUUUCGAGUCUUCCUCAUUUUUCCUUAUUUGUCUCUUGCCCUCCUGAUGCCCUGAAGCCAUGCCCCUAAGAACACCUUUUCAAAAUAAAAGCUUGUGUCUAGUCCAUUAGACCCUUUUCGUACUUUGGUCCUGAGCUUGUGUCAACUUUUGCCCGACUUUUGGUUGGGAACUAGUGGGUUUUAAAACACCAGCUUGAGAGCAAACCCCUGCUGCAGUCAGUGUUUAAGAGUGCACCUUGAGUGUAGAGAGUAGCAGCAUUGAAGCUGUCUGCAGCAGCUCCUUCUCAACUCUGACACAUCCAUGCACAUGUGCUUGUUGACUGUUGAUGAUGUGUAGCAGUAAUUUAUGAGAUGACAAGCCUCAUUCAUGGACGCAGUGGGCCCAGACUUUUUGGACCAGAGUGAGCAGGCUUUUGUAAGGCUGGUAUGAAGUAUGUCUGCAGAUACACAAAUGAAUGUCAUUUAUUUACCAUUUCUGUCUUCACCAGUUAUAUUGAACUACAUACAUGCGCCUAGCAGAUGCCAUGCUUGGCAUUUUGUACAAGAGCUUCUGCCAAAAGGUUGUAACUGCGUGUGAAGGGUGAGUGAAUUGGAAACAUUUUGGUUGAGUAUAGUUGUUUCAACAUUUUUCUUCUUUUUAAAAGGCUCCAAAACAGGUUGUGUUGAAUUUUGAUGCAAUGAUGCGAAACUUGUGUCCUUUUACUUUGUCAUUUCUUUGUCUUUGUGAUUUAGACUUUUCUAAACAAAGUAUGUACAAAAUUAAAAGACAAAUUUGUUACAAUUCUGAAUUAUUCAAUUUGAUGAUGUCUACAAGAAACCGCCAAAACCGGAAAGUGAGUUAUUAUCACAGUCAAUAGUUAGAUUUACCUGUUGUUUGAUACAAAGCCAACAGGGUAUGGAAGGUUUAAUAGCAGUGGGUAUAAUGUCUCACAACAGCAGAGUUAGUGAUCAUUCUCAGUGAGGUCAACCCUGCAGUGACCUUUUACAUACAUGAUCAUUUGAUCCAGUGUGUGUAUUGAUUAGUGCAGCUAUAAUUUCCCAGAAAGGUUUUCCAAGCUAACAGAAAGCAUCGCCCUGCAUUCCUGGAAAAAUCCUUCCUUCAAUUAAACUUUUUUAUGUGAAAUUUGCAAGUUACAGAGGCCCUAAAGGUCAAUUGCAACAAGAUAUUUGGAGGGAGGAAAAUAAAUAUUUUGUGAUACACGAAAACAUUUCAGCAAGUGUAAAAUAUAUUUUAAAUUUGCUUUAGAUUUUAAAAACCAAAAAAUAUUUCGGAAACAUAAAUACUUUAGAAAAAAAAAAUCAUUCAUUAUUACAAAAAAAAUGAAAAUCACCAAAAUGUUUUUAAAAACAUAAGUGAUUUUGAAAGCAUGCAAAUGUUUUUUUAAAAAAACCAUUUAAAAAUGUCUGCAUUUCAGCGAAAGUGUUCUUGUGUCUUAGAUUUUCUGUCUGCUUUUUUAUUUAUUUAUACACACACACACACACAUACAUAUAUAUAUAUAUAUGUAUAUAUAUAUAUAUAUAUACACAUAUGUAAAUAUAUAUAUAUAUAUAUAUAUAUAUAUAUAUAUAUAUUAAGAAAUUAACCAGAUCUAGCUGGCUGGGAUGAUGUAGUUGUGUUGCUGGAAAUUUUUUCACAAGUUGUUGAGAAACUCUGAGUAUUUAUUCAAAAACAGUCAUUAAGUUUACAUUAUAGAACUUCAGCUAACUUUAUCAAGAACCUGAAGUCCAGAGUUGUGUGUGUGCAUGUGUGUGUGAGUGUAUGUGUGUGUUUGUGUGUGUGCGUUUGCAAGCAAUGAUACAGAUGAAACAUGAUAGUUCUGUAAAGUAGAGCCUCUCUGGAGCUGCAGACUUCUAAUUCAAUCAGCAAUUUAUCAGUGAUUGGACCCGGACAGCCCAUCCCUGGAGAGAAGAAGAAGAAGAAGAGGACUGGGACCACUCAUGCUGCAGAGGUCACAUGCAGGGCGGUGUGUGCAUGCGUCUAAGUGUGUUAAAAGUGUGUGUGCAUAAAAUCUUCUCUUUCUCUGCUCUGCCUGUCCAUUCACCAAUUGUACAUGAAUUCGUCCUGACAUGUUUACUCUCAUUCAUCCUCCUCUCUGUAAGUGAAAAUGAAUAUUUCCCUUCUCACAGCUGGCCUACAAACAGUCAGCUCGCCCUCUAGUGGUCGGCUGGUAACACAGCAGUCUCAGUAUGGAGGAUUAGAUGGAUUAGAUAUUUAGCGAAAUCUCCCCAUGCUGCUUUAAAUAGACAGAUGGGUGUGUGUCCCCACCCUCCCCCAACACACACACACACACACACACACACACACACACACACACACACACACACACACACACACACACACACACACACACACACACACACACACACACACUCACACACGCCUCUGUCUGUUUCCAUGCCAGGUCACAACAUUAAACAACAGCACAGAGAAGAGACAGACAGAUGUUUGUUGAAGGAGUUCCUCCUGACUGAAGGAGAGUUUUACUUCAAUGUUUCCUAUCUGUUUUCAGUUGGUUCAUGAGUUCAAAAGGUUAUGAUGAACAGGGAAAUCGCCCUGCAACAUAGUGCAUUAUGAAUUAUGGACAUUUAUAGGCUCAAAUCCAGAGAAGUCACUGACAUUUCUGUAUCAUCUGUAAGGUUUCUUCUUUACAUGUAUUAACCUGCAUUUGUGCAUACUGAGACCAACUGUGUUCACAGCUGAUAGUUUCUGGAUGUGAUUUUCAGCCUAUGCUGUAAUUUCCACCAUAGAAUUAUGUCUUUAAUUUUGCUUUUGGAGAAUUGAGUGAAAUUAAAAUAAAAUGAAAAUGCUUGUAAAGUAGUCUAUUGGCAUAAAAAAUUGAAAUUUUAAGAAUUAAGUCCAUUGAAGGAUUUUAAGUGCAUGAUGACAGGGGCACUAAGUGCACUGUAACAUUAGUUUCUUUAAUUAUUAGAUCAUUAAGUCAUAAUUGUCAGAGGAUACUGUCUUCACUGUGUUGAGAGGCUGGUCAGAGGCCUCUAAAGCCUAAUGAUGUACUUGGAGCCUUUCUACGUUGUCCCCAGCAUUACUCCUCAAGUGUGGCCUUACCUGAACUGCAAAGAUAAGUCCUCAGUCACAUCUUGUUUUUGUUACAUUCAAGGUAACACUGGCAGCAUCAAGUAACAUAUAGCCAGCUUCCGAUUAACAGAGCUCUCCCGUCUUUCUUUCUUUUUUUUUUAUUUUUAUUUUUUUACAUAUUAUGGUUUGCUCCUGUCAUAAAGCAGAGUCAAAAUGAUAAGAUGGACCUGCAAAGACAGGUAGAGCAUUAUCAUUAAGACAGGGUGCGUGCAAAGUGAAUAGACAGUUAAUGAAGACUCUGCAGCUCCUGCAGCAGGCAUGCUCUGCAACUGCAGAACCAACUGUCACACAGUAACAAGUUGAGAGAGGACAGGUUUGAGUAGAAGUGCCCAGAAGAUACAGCAUUGUAGGUGUGUGCAGCUAAAGCAUCCCCUAUGAUGAUGGUUUCAUGGAUUGAGAAUGUUGGUGACUGGGGGAUGAUGGUAGGAGGUGAAUAUUGGGUCUCUACAGACCCCCCGCAGUGGGGAUGAAACCCCUUCAAAACAAGGCCAGAUUAGUCUUUACAUAUGAGCCACACAUACACAUACACACUCAGUCACCCUCCUUUCGCCUGACAAUCAUCUCUUUGUAGCCCACUGUCACGAUUAAAGCUGGCUUGUUUUGGGAGCAGAGGGGUGUUAAAGGGCGCUACAGCUGCUGUGGUCUGCUCAGACUCCUGCUUUUUUUUGGAAACCCUUUGUUUGAGGAUGUUUUGGCAUCACAACAGCUGUUAAUCUCCACUGAUGGAAGAUCAGAUAGUGAAAUUCCAAUUAAUCCCAAACCCACAAUUUAGGUAACUUAGAGACCAAACAAAAAAGGCAAAAUAGGGCUGACAAAGGCUGUACAUGAAAACCAUGUUAAAUUCAAAACUGCCACCCUUUAAGAUCUUAUGAUUAAGUGUCCCACAAUAACUACCAACAAAAGAAGUAGACCCUGACUAGUAAAUUUAAUUUUAGUUAAGUUUAUGAAGUGAUUUGUUACACUAUCCUUGUCUUUUCUUUUCUCAAUUUGACUGGUUAUGUUAGCUAUUUAGGAUGCUUGUGGAGGACAGGUGAUACAAGGAGAAGCAGGACUACUCUCCUUUAACUAGGGUGACCAUACAUCCUCUUUUACCUGGAUAUGUCCUCUUUUUGGGGGGCUGUCCAGCCUUGUCCAGGGGAGUUUAUAAAAUCUUUCGUCAUGGGUUUUGGAUGGAAGUUUUGGGUUUGUGUCGCGUGGACUUACUGAGUUAGAAGCACGUAAAAAAGACUCAAGCCAACCCGAAAAACUCUCAAAAUUUACAACGCCGUACUCUGUGACUCCGCCCCUGUGUAGUUGCGUCUUCUUUUUGGGGAUUCAGAAUAAAGUCACCCUGAUUUAACACCUCUUAUCAUCUCAAGGACAGUCAGUCAGAGCAGGACCAAGAGAUGUUGAACAAAAGACAUUGGCAUCUUAACCUCUUACCCUUUGGGUGGCAGCAACCAUAUGACAGCCAGUUCACUUCAGGCUGCGCCAAUAACAUGGGCCAACACAUUAGGUUACACAGAUUCUGGAUCCUAUGUAAAGCGUACUGGCAUUGGUUCUUCUGGAGCACUCACCAAGUUUGUUCAGGUGUUUUUCCACCUCUGCAUUUGUCCACUCUUAGCUCUACGAUGUAAUUAAAGUUGGCCACCAGAUGGUUAAUACAUGCUUUCUUUUUUUGGGCUGUCUAAAAGCAGCACACCCGUAUCAGUUAGGCUCCUCUAUGAAGCUGCAUUCCAGAAAAAAUGACUUAAAUCUCACUGCGCGUCAUCAUGUCCGUGUUCCAUUUUCACAUCCUGUGUAUAGGGAUUUAAAAUCAUAUCUUCAUGCUCUAAAACACAAUGAAAAAUUAAACAAUCCUUCAUUACCAAAGCUAGCGCAGGCAGGAAAAGCGCUUCAAAUCCUCAGAUCUGACGUCAGAAAAUGACCUGUAACCAUGUUUUUCUGGGAACCAUUACUCAAAUCAAAUUCAGUCAAAGAAAUUAACGUUGUACGUCAUCCUGAGCCUUAGAUAUUAUAUUUGUGUGUGGGAUUUUCUCUUUGAGCAGGAACCAAUUUUAUCAGAGAACCAGUGAUGCUUAGUGUUGGUAGCUGUGACACGUGGGUGUGUGUCUUCUUUUUCUCCUCUGUGAUUUAGUGCCCCGCUAUUACAUAAUGUGUGUGUGUGUGUGUGUGUGUGUGUGUGUGUGUGUGUGUCUAUAUAUAAUAUUUGCGCAUGCCCGCUCCCCUGUCCUGAGGGCACUGUCGCCAACAUCAGCAGCAGCAGCGCUGGGGCUUCGUCUCUCGCUCCACUGACCAUGACACACACUCUCCUUCAGGCGUGACAGCUCUCCCACUUUACUCCAUAGCACAGCUCACAGAGGACUGACUGACAAAAGGAGAGAAAAUAAACACAAGUUUGAAAGAAAAUGCAACAGAAACAGUCAGCGCUCAUGUAGAUGCACAACAACAAGCUGUAGGAAAUAAAUCAUUUUACACUUUAAAAGAAUUUUGCUCAUGUGCAGGGGCGUGUCCAACCUUUCGAUUGGGGUGGCUUAACUGGGGCACUGAGUUACACAGUAUAGAGGUGUUAAAGAGGAUGUGUGCACACAUUGGCUACAGAUAUUUAUUUACUCUGUUUCCACUAAUCGUAUCUAUUCUAGUGUUGUUACUAAAAAAUAUUAUUGGUGUAUAGAUUUUAAACUCUAAAAAGUAACACAGCUGAAUGAAGGUUUAUAAACUUAAAGAGAUAUUCCGGCGUAAAAAUAAAUUUAGGGUCAAACACAACAUAACACCGAGUUAGGCACCCCCUCGAGAGAUGAAUGUCGCUGACCGCUUGCUUCUCUAGUUAUACCAACUUUCGUAAUGACCGCAGAUAGCAAUACAGAGAGCCACGCGCUUAACCAAAAAGCCACUCUAUAGCCACAAAUAAUGUUCAGAACAGCACCUAACUUCAUCAACAGUACAUAUAGGGUCCAAGCCACAGUACUAACCACCAAACAUCUUUUUAGAUUGGCCUGAUUUCUUUUGCAAAGAGACUUAACACAACUCACCCUCUCUCUUCCAGCAGCCGCUUGUUUUUACGGGGACCUCCGGGUGAGUCCAUUGAGUGCAGCGGGGUGACACAGCUCAAGAAAGAACAUUUAUGACCAUUACUUUGUCAUUUUCUUGAAGUAAUAAUCACCAUUAACCAUUUUUCUCUGCAGGCGCCGAGUUCUUCUGCCUAAGCAUCUCGGUCUGAUUGCAUUUCCAUGAGAAAAUGAUCAUGAUGCUAAAGAAACCAGGCAAAGCAGAAAAAAAAUUUUGAUGGCUAGUACGAUGGCUGGGACCCUAUAUGUACUGUUGAUGAAGUUAGGUGCUAAUCUGAACAUUAUUUGUGGCUAUAGAGUGGCGUUUUGGUUGAGCGUGUGGCUCUCUGUAUUGCUAUCUGCAGUUGUUACUAAAGUCGGUAUAACUAGAAAAGUAAGCGGUCGGCAACAUUCUUCUCUCUACGGGGUGUCUAACUCUGUAUUAUGGUGUGUUUGACCCUAACUCAAUUUUACGCCGGAAUAUCCCUUUAAUAAUUACAAACAAAAUGUUUUUUAAAGUAGUUGAAAAACUACAAGCAAACUCCUGCACACUGUCUAACUAUCAAAAAUGCAUCCUGUUGCAUCCUAAGGUACAGUAACAUAAAGUAUCUUCCUUCUCUUUUAGAUAGAGUGGCUUUUUAAUGGCUGUAUUUUCUUGUAUACAAAAAGCAAUGAAUAUUACUAAAACAGUACAUCUAUCACUAAUUUUCAGUAUCAUAAUUUGUUUUAAAAUAUAUUUUUGAUGGACACUGUUAGGUGUUCGCUUGCAGCUUUCUUAGGACUAGUUCCUAUCUUACACCCUGGCUUAUAAAAAAAGAUAUAAGUUUUUUUCAAUGAUUUAAAAGACCAGCAAAUGAAAAUGUGCUGCUUUUGAAUACAAAAACUGCUGUAUCUGUCUGUUGCAACACAUUUGCAGAAGUUGAUUUUAAAGUCCUGCCUCUAGUGAGCCAAUUAGAGAUCAGGGUCUCGGGGGGCAACAUCAGUGGUGGGCUCCAGGUCCCAAGAGGACCACAGAAAGCAUUACAGAGACUUGCCUUUGGGCUUUUGUUUGAUUGAAAACUACGUGUUCGUUAUGUUAUGUAACGUACUUGUGAAAUGGUUUGUGUACUCAUUCUUACUCCCCCUGUUCGUCGUUAGCAGGUAGCAGGUAAACACCUUUAUUCUGAAUUCCGACUUUCGGUCCCUUUGUGUUCCCUUACUCUGACGUCAUGACGCUGCUCGUAGCGGGACAGUUGACGUCGCAGGGAGAGGGAGAGGCGAAUCGUUCAGUCUGUACAGAAGACGAUGUAAACGACGGGACCUCAGGACACAAUGUUGACAGCAGCAGAGUAGUUGGAAGCGCUUUCUUUGUUUGCUUUAACACCACAGACGCCGUUAACUCAUGAAUGGAGUUACUUUUUGCCUUGUUGGAAUUCCACCUCACUCAGACACUGAAGUAAGUCAAACUAAAUCCACAGACGAGGUCUUUCCAUCCUCCUUUAAAUCGUGACUGAAGAAGGGAUUAAGCGUCAUAUUUUAGCUGUAUUGUGUUUCAUUGACCUGCACGUUUUAUGCAUUUUUCUUUCUUUUUUUCACGAAAAACGCUUUUCCCUCCUCCAAUACAGACCUUUGCUUAACCUCGGGGUGCUAAUCUUUACUUAAGCCAAAGUGUGUGCUUUCAUAUGUAUGAUAAAUAAGCCUUUGCAGGAAUUUAGCCGCGACGAAAAGCACAUGUUGUCGUUUUUCUAUGUAUUUAAACCUCGUAGUCAGCAUUUACAUGACAUGCAAAGUGCCAAUUAAAGGAAGUUUUUCACUCUUCAUCUCCUGUAUAAACAGUUCUGCUGGUUCAGUGUGCAUCCCCCUGUAGAAACACACCCUCCAAGUCCUGGGACUGCUGUUUUUGGAGAUGCUCUCAUUGCACUUGUCUUAUGCAACUUGUCAAAUUCCCCUGCUUGAAACAAAAGAGCAGGCUGCAGGCUGUUCAACCACAUAAUGUCACUAAUAAGUGAUGCAAAUGCACCGUUUUGAUUCAAAGCAGGUGGAGGCGGAUUUACUUUUUGCCUUACAUCUCAGUGGAACAAUCUCAGAAAUGCAUGUCUUGAGUGCGGCACAAAUAACUGCAUAAAUCAUCCCUGGUUUCAAGGAAUGCAGUACAUAUUUCUGCUGUGACAGUUUUACACUCCCCCCUUCGUAGGGAUGAUGUACGGGUGGGUAGGCAGAGAGACAAUAAGAAAUUUGGCUGGAAUGCAUAUUUCCAUAUGCCAGCCCACAUAUGCACAGUCAGUGACAGAAGGCACAUUGUGGCUGUUAGUCUUCUGUCAGCGCAGAACGAUUCAUUAAAAACAUGACCCAGUAUUCCAGAAAUAUCUUCCCACAUUUAGCCUGGAAGUCAAACUUUUAUCUGCAUAUUGAUUCUGACAGUUUAUUCUUGUCAUCUCUCAUCACUUUGAUCACACAGCACAUUGUUUUCUGUCCUGGGGUGGGUUAGUUAUUUUCGCCUCUGGUUAGUGUGUGUUUGUGUGUGUGUUUUUCUUGUCAUUAUUCACAGCUUAUUACUGUGAGGUUGUGUCAUGGUCCAAUUAGCAUCAGGGUCGUGGGUCAACAAUGCAUGGGUUGAAAUGAGAGUUUCCUGUUGUAAUUAUCCACUCUGAAAUAACUCAGUCAUAUAUUAAAGAUUUUCUGUAACCAAUAUAACAAAUCACUUUUCCUUAUACUUGCAAAACAAUUUCUCAACACCCUGGUCUAGUUAUCAUCUUUUUUUCAUCUCACAUUCAAGAAAUCCUCACACUCUGGACAACUGGUGAAUAUUUUAACACUUACUCUGAAUCAGGAGUGUAUGAAUAAUAGAAACUUCACAUUAUUUCAGUCUGUGAGACAUUUUCUGUGGACUGAACACUGUAAAUGUCACAAAUGGAAGAAAUUAGGGGAGUUUACAGCUGAUGCAUUACUUCAAACAAGGUAGCAUCCAUUCUAUGCUGGUAUUUUUCUUCAAAAAUGUAGAGGUAGCUGCAGAAGCUGUGGGUCGUAAAUUUGAGUCACUGAAUUGUCCAAAACAGUUGAAAUUGAGCACAGUGCACUGUGUGAAAAAAUUGAAACAUUUAGUGAGAGUCUAAAUCAAAGUGCUCCCUUGCUCACCCCUCCCAUCACAAAGCCUUUGAGGACAAACAGCUUCUGUGAUCCUCCAUUGGUCAAGUUUUAACCAGCAAGAACUUUUAUUAAUACAAAUUCUGUUGCUCGUAACCACUCUUAACUAAACAGUUUUCCAACUGGCGCAUUUCCUGCUACCAUUCAAAAAAAGUGUAUGUUACAAUUUAUAGUCUAUGGUACAGUAGAAACAUGGCUUUGUAAGAUGGCGUCUUCCACAGAAGGGGGCUUACUUUUACUUUUAUAAAAAUUCAGAUUCUCAUUUUAAGCUGUAAACAAGUUAACAAAGUCAAAUAAUUUUAUAUUUAGGUGACUGUUCUCUAACUUAAACGUACAUACCUGGGAUUUCACCUGCAUCCGGAAUGGCUACAAUUGGGAACGGCGGCGUUUUUCCCCAUACGCCAGUUCCUACUGGAUCCAUUUGUGAGUCAAAUUUCGUGGUGGAAUACGGACAGCAGGAAUCGUGAGAACUCACAAGAUCCCGCGGAUUCAUGUGCAAUCGCGCGAUAACAAGUUGUCUUUAGCCACAUAGGCUAACUAUAUGAGCAGUAGAUUGUGUCCUUCCAGAGGAGGAAAUCUACUUCAAGACUUAUAAAAUCAGCAUUUAAAUUUUGGCGCCCCCUCUGGAGAAAGCGCUCUUAGUUCUUAGCUUCUCCAAAUGUUGAAGUUGUGUCUUUGGAUAAAAACUGGUCCUGCUGAUUUUUAACAGUUUUGAGAUUUUAUGAGAAAUUGUAAAAAAAGUUCUGGUCAUUCUGGUGCUGUGAAGGUGACAAUAUGAAACUUUUGGUCAGUGAAACCCUCAGUUUAAUUGAUGGGUACAAGCAAGACAAAAGCCCAUAUUUCAUGGAUGGUAGUAUGAGAUUGAUGCAGCCCAUAAGCACUAUUUUAAAGUACAUGUAUCAGAGAUCAAAGAGAGUUUCUCGCUUCAGUAUGGGCUAUAAAUAGUCUUUUAUGGUGUCAUAGGUACUAUGUGUUUUGGGAUUGUGCUGCCACCUGUGAUUUUAUAUUGUUGCGCCAGUUCUGCUGUUAUCCUGAAAACCGUCAUCAUGCCAGUGACUCACAUCUUUCAUAAAUCUUGUACCCUUCACAGUGAUGGUCUUUGUACAAGCGUCUGCACAGGGACCUGAGGGUGAGUGUUGAGGGGAGUCGGCAGUCAGAGAGAUGAGGUUGCUGAGUUGAUGUAGCUCUUCUUGUUUCAGGGGCCUCAGCUGCCAGUUAGCAGCUGAGUGCUCAGACUGAUAGUAGCAGGGGGAGGCAGCUGCUUUCACAAAGUGGGCAAACAGCCUCAUCUUUGAUGCUCUUUUUCUGUCUACGGCUCAAAGUAUUUCCACAGUCUGCCUCUUUAAUGAUCGGAUGUUGUGAUUGUCCAGUCAGAGGUAUUCUGAUAGCUCAUGCAGCAAGUCAGUUACAUAAAGAAAAAAAAACUAUUUGAUCUAAAUCAGCUGGAAUAAGCUCGGUCUUGAGAAUGAUCAAACCAGAUGAACGUCAAACAAUCAAACACACUUACAAUGUAACUUGAACUGACAUACACUCUUGAUUUCUUGUGUAUUUCUUGUAUAUAGACAAGGUGAAAAUUUCAGCUUGAAUACAACAAAAACUCGAUCCAAAUAAGGUCCUACAGCCAAGUCGAUCUGAAGCUCCUCUACCCACAUUCACACAAAUCCUGAACAAUGUUUAUAUUUACGUGAAUUUUAGUGCAAUUGCUCACCCAAAAUCUGUGAAACGUGUUUUCUUUGUAGCUGUAAAGACUGUCAGGAAGUUUAGAGAAUACUUCUUGUUUCUGUUUGAGCGUUUCAUAAAAACCUCCCUGUAGAUCAGCGAUUGCAGUCAUUUAUCUAUCUUCCUCUGUCAUGUUUACAACUCCUGAAAUUUCCCAGAAUUUUUCUGGAGCUCUGCCCCUGAAGUUUUCUAAAGUUGCUUGUUAACAUAUGUCAUUGUUGUUGCAUUCCCUGUACACUGGUAAAGCAAUAGUGUCAUGUUUGAAACAUUACAUAUAGGGCAAGGAUAUCGGGAGGAAGCAACACUGUUCUUAUCUUUAAAAGGAUUCUCCCUCCUCAAACGCACAUAGUUUUAUUAGUUUCCAUUGUAUGUACAUUUCCCAAUCCAACCCAAUCCCUUUUAUUUAUAUAGCAUGAUUUAAGCAAACACAAGGUUUCUAAAGUGCUGCACAGCAAGUUAAAAAUACAAUAGAUAACACAACGGAACCACAAUAGAUAAGAUAAAAAUAAAAUAACUCCUCCUGUGUUCGUACAUCGUACAGCUGAUUUUAUUUUCAGGGGGCUGGCAGGAAAAAGUCUGUGCAAAGCAAGGAUAGAAAAAUCUGUCUGUUUGCAUUUAUACAUACAACUCACCCUGAAAAGUUUCUGGGAAUUUUCAAGCGUCAUGACUACAGCUAGAGGCAACUUUAUGUUAGACCGAGUGACUGAUGUCAAGGAGAUAGAAAUUAGAGUAGUCUAAAGUUUUUAAACACUUAUAAGGCACUUGGAAAGGAAGUUAUUGAAAGGAGUCAUUUUCUUAUUUAAGGGGGUUAAAUUUUGCAUGUAGAAAUCAGUGAGACAGAAUAGGAGAUAUUCAUGGACUUUAUAGAAUUCAGUCUUUACAACUCAUGCAAGUUAAUUGAGAUGCAUGAAUGCAAACAUCAGGACUAGCACUGACAAAAUGUGUUUUGCACUGUAAUUCUCUUUUUAAAAUGUCUCUCUUAAAUGUGACUGAAAUACGUCUUAAAACUGCAUUUUGCUGCUUGCUAGAAGUAACAGUUAAAUAUUAGCUACUCGUGUAUGUGGCACACUACUGACCAAUGGACUGAUGUACCAAUGAGGCAAAAUAUCAACCUUUACUGAUGAUCACCGGGUACAUUGAUGCAUCCCUAAAGCUGAAUGUAAUUAUUUUGAGUGUAGUUUCAUUAUUCAUCAAGUACUGUGCAAUACCAUCAGUAUCUGGAUUGACUCUUUGGUGUCACAGUGUUCAAAGAAGAGGUUUGUCUCACAUUGUGAUAUCUCGUUUACUGAGUCACUCUGCUGUCAUUCUGACUUUGGAAUCGAUGCUAACACAAGUUUACUCAUGGAAGCCAACAAACCAUAGAACACCGGCCACAAAACGAAUCCUAAUUUUGCCCCUGCCUGCAAUCACAAGCUGCAUCAGAACUCUUGGCAGUGUCUGAGCUAUUCACUUUAGGACAAAUAUUUGAAAAUUUCAGCCUUUUCACAAACCUGCAUGUGAGUAGAGUAUGUUACAGUAGAAAGGAGUCAUCCGUCUUUGAUAUUUCCAAACAUGUGUGUGGUAUCUAAGCACCCCCCUCCAUCAGAUUCUGUGUGUUCAGUGGAGCAGGCUCCCCUCUCCUUAUAAGUCCUGUAUCAGACUGCCAAAUGUUGCCCUUAGCUCAGGCGGUGCAGUGCAGGGUAAUCACUCUGAGCUGGUUUCACUCUUCUUCUUCACGCUGAAGAAACAGCAGCACCCUGCUGUCACAGCGGGAUGUUAAAGGCAUAUUUGUUUUCUAAAGACUUGGUUUAAUUAUGCAUCAAGUGUGGAUCCAGCAGCCUCUCACCGGACUCUUUUCUUGCUUCCAUGUGCAUUUAUCCAGUCCUCUCAUUAUGCAGCAGUAAUGUCGGCCCGCGGGGCUCUUCCCCUCGAUUGAUCUCUGAUUUAUUGUUUGUGAAAAUGCUUCUGGCCUUUCGAGAGGAUAGGAGCCGUCCUUAUAACAGAUAGAGGUAGUUAAGAUGCAGCAGGCGUACUGUAUGUAUCUGCCUUCAUGAUGCAUGUAGCCUAAAUAGCUCUAUAAAACAGCACUCACAUGAUUCAGCAAGGUUAUAAUGGAAAAAGGGGAUGAGAUCAUUUUAUUGAUUGCAGUAGCAGUUGCAUUAGAGCUGUGAGAGUUAAUGCAGUUUGCUGAUGCGCACUGAUGGCUGGGUUUGGUUACAUACCCAUACUUAAAAGUUCAAUCAAACUGUGAUUUAUGUCCUUGUUUCCAUUUUGUAUUAUCUUGCCGCACCCUGAAACUGAAUCAGACUCAUUCACCAAAUUGACAGUGAUUAUGUUGCAGCAAUGAAUCCUUUUUUAUCAAUGAAUGUGAAUUAGACUAUUCUGAUUGAUGUGCAAAAAUACAAUACUACAUAUUGACAGCAGUAAUAGCAGUGCAGAGCUGAAAAUAUUGUGCAGUCUGCUCAACCCCUCUUACCCCAACCUGUCAAUAAUGGUAUAAUGCCUUACUUUAAAGUAUCAAAGAACUGGUUAAAAGUCAAUAGAAAAGUUCAAAGAGAAGUUACCUCUUAACAGACAUCAUGAUUUUUUAAAAGUAAAUUUUUUGGGGGUAUUUUCGUUAGAUAAGACGGGUAAAGAGAGAUGGGAAAUGUGGGGAACAUAGAGUGGGGGUUGACAUGCAGGAAAGGGUCAUAGCUGGGGGUCGAGCCAACAACUGCUGCACCGAGAAUUAUCGCCUCUGUACAUGGAGUGUACACUUUUACCACUAUGCAAACUGGCAAGUUUCUUUGGCCUAGAUUUUGAUUUCAUAGUCUGACCCAUAAUCUAUCUGUUAACAUGGAGGAGGCGAGCUUUAUGACCUUUACUAGAUCCUGUCAGCAGGGGGAGCUUUGAUGUUGUUCAUCUUUCUACAGUUUUUUGACUAUAAAGAGAAUCUGAUACUAAAUUAAAACUCUGAUACAGAAAUAAUACAUCAGGACUGUUAUUGUUACUUUGAUUGUGGAAAAGCCUGGAUUAGAGCACUGAAGAAAUGCUAAACCUACAGCUGUAACAUUAACUGAGUGUCGCUCAUGGAUAUCCUAUAUUUUCAUACCAGAGUGCUUUAUAAUCAUCAACGUUUCUGCUAAACUGUCAGCAGGUAGAGGUGAAAUGUGCCAGACUCCUUUUUCCCAGACUGCUUUGGUUUCAAGUGUCUGAUCAGGUUGUCCCUGAUGAUGACCCCUUUAGGUUUUGAUCACUCAUGGUAUUAGGGCUCUAUGGUAGUAGGAAAAACUAAUAAUGCAAUAUGUAUUCCUUCCUGCAAGAUAAAUUGAUAUUAGGAAAGACAAAAGACCUUUGACCAGAUAAAUGCAGUUUAAUUUUAUGUAAUAAUAGGCAAUAAGAAGUGUCAAUAAUUCAGUUGAACUUUUUUUGAUUUGGAUCCAUAAGACUUAUAUUUAAGGCUGUGUUCGGCCCUCAGACAGUGACUCUAACAGCAAUCAGAAAUGUCAAUAAUACAGCUGAACUUUUUAUUAUUUGGAUCUACAAGACUUAUCUUUAAGGCUGUGUUCAGCCCUCAGUCAGUGACUCUGACAGCCUCUACAUAGAAAAACAAGGAGACAAGAGGGGUAGAGAGAACAGGAGGAGGGACACGUUUCUUCAUAUUUACAAAUAAACACAGUGGACGUACUUGAAUGUAGGGCUGGGCAAUAUGGCGUCAAAUCAGUAUGAUGAUAUAUUGGGCAGUUCACCUUGAUUACGAUAAAUGGACGAUAACUACUCCACAAGCAGCUCACUCCCUCCCACAUCGACUUCAGCCACCGCUCCAGCUGCUACAACUUUUGAACCGUCCUCCAUCUCCUCACCCGUCUUUCCCUCUUUGUUAUGGACUGGAUGGGGUGGAGUCACGUCUCCGACAUAGGACAUUUUUAAGGGACAUGAGACCAAAGCCUACCUAGACACAUCCAAAACCAACUUUUAUUUAUUUAUGUAUUUGACACCGAGUAUACCGAGAUGGGCAAAAUGAUGUCGGUUAUUGUCGUAAGUUUUCGGUAUCGGUAUAUUUUCAGUUUAUUGCCCAGCCCUACUUGAAUAUCUUCAAUAAUUUAUAACAAGGUUUCAAUUUAUUUUUGGUCUGUGCCACAAGCCUCUUGGUAGUAACUUUUAAUCGAACAAAAACUUGUGUUUGUUGUCAAGGUAGCAGUGUUACUUGCAUGUUUUUACAGUCCUUUGACACACUGAUACAGACUACAUGAGCAGCACUCAGUUCUCUGUGCUCAUGUACAGAGCUGCAUUCAACAUUCGGACUUUUAUCACAGAUCAGUUGUGGAAAAUGAGAAACUGGUGACAGCAUGUUUCAGGUCCUAAUGUGAACUUUUUGUCACAGACUGUGGCAUUCACUCCCUUACUGCCUCUUACUUACCGCUCACAGUCCUCCUCAGAGUGAGCACAUGAAGUGAACAGACAGCACCAAGUUUGGGAAAAGACACUGGCUGCGUGGUUGGCGUUGUCAGAGCAGAUUUCCCUAUAGUUUUGUUGCUUGGUGCACGCUCAAUUUUGAGCUUUCAGAGCCGUGUAAUAAUGUGAUGAAAAUAUCCUCCAGAGAAAGAAGUUCAGCACAAUCAGGAGAAAUAAAUCCUGUAAAAGCAAUAAAGCUGAGUGACUCUGCCCUGUCAUGAUAAUGAAGUAUCCCUGUACUUACACAAACUAACCCCCCUUCACAAUAAACAGGGGGAGUGUGUAUGUGUGUGUGUGUAUGUCAGGGCUGCCUGCUGCAGAUGAGGGGCAGUCAUUGUGUUGUGUUGUUCUCAGACUUGGAUACUCGGCUUUGUAGUGUAUGGCAGAAAGGAGGAGGGGGUGUUUGGUGGUUGUUAGUGUGUGUUUGUGUGUUUGAGGGGGGGUCGGACGGGCUGAGACUUGCUGUGAAAUGUUUGACAAUGAAGCUCUGUUAAGCUGUGUGUGUACUACAUGUUUGUGUGUCCGAAUAUAUGUGUGUGUGUGUGAGAAAAAGAGGAAUGAUGUGGGUAGAUGCUGUGUGGGUCAAGGUUGAGAGGUCGGACAUGAGGCCAGUACGACCUCGUUUAGUGCUCAUGGUUCCCACAUAAACCCACAGAGGAAAGGUGUACGUGUGUGUGUGACGAGUGAGGGGGCGGAGGGACUGCACACACUGGACUAUUCUGCUUCAACAGGUGGGCUGUUCAGGAAUGUGUCAAUGAAAGAGUGUGGCUGAUUACACUGCAGGAGAGGAAUGAUAUGGGUCUGAGAAAGAGAGCAGAAGAAAGGAAAGAAGUGCAGCUGAAAGACAUGUUCAUUUAGAGCUGAAGAGAAGAGAAAGAGAUGAAUGAACUGAAAUGAAUCAGCUUAAUGUUAAAAUAUCAGAUAUGCCAAAUCUUUUUAUAUACAGGGGAGCUGUACUAGGGCUGGGUGACAUGGCCUCAAAUCAAAAUUAUGAUAUAUUGGGCAGUUCACCUCGAUAACGAUAAAUGGACGAUAACUACUCCACAAGCUGCUUAAACCCUCCCACAUUAACUUUGUCAACUUCAACCGCCACUCCAGCUGCGACAACUUUUGAACCAUUGUCCAUCUCCUCACCUGUCUUUGCCUCUUUGUUAUGGACUGGAUGGGGUAGAGUCAUGUCUCCAACGUAGGUGGUUGAGGUAGUUGAGGUUUGCGCGUGGAGACAUAGACCGCUGUGUAUUGCUAUUGUUCGGUCGUUACUAAAGUUGGUAUAACUAGAGAAGCAAGCGAUCGGCAACAUUCAUCUCUUGAGGGGGUGUCUAACUCGGUGGUCCGGUGUGUUUGACCCGAAAUUAAAUUUAUGCCGGAAUAUCUUUCUUUUUUAGUGUUUGUUUUUAUGGUGAACCAGUGCGCCCCUUUAAGAUCUAAUAUCUUUAUCACUUUAAAGUCUUACUCCAAACUCUGGGCUGUCUAACUAGGGAUACUCACUGGACUCCUAGGUCCAGAUGUCUCUGGUCAAGCUUGUGUCACUAAUGUUGUAGUGGAUCAGACUGUGAAUGUGUCUGUUACUUCAGAAAAGGCUUGGUCUUCAAGUGCUGGAAACACUCAAAUUUUGUAAUGAAUUGAAAAACUUUUUGUUUUGUUUUGCUAAUAAUAGCGGUAGAUACUGCUGCUGCUUUUUGUUUAAUACAUCUUUGUUGUGAUGAUGACUUUUUGGGGUGGCUUGAGAGAUUUGUUGUGUUGAAACUUUCCGAAAAUGAUCCUAAUUGCUUUACUGGUUUCGAGAAGCACAAGUUUUCAUGAGGUGAACAGACAGUUUUGUUGCCCCCCACUAGCCCUGUUAUCUUGACUCUGAUUUAAGCUUCUGUCUUGAGGUCAGAAAUCGUUGUCCUUGUGAACUCCCUUCGCUCCAGUUUAAGGCAGAAAGAGUGAAAAGAGGGCUGCAGUGCUCAGGAGGUAUCAGGUGCAGUCAAUUACAGCUGCUGUCAGGCUUGUGUGUCUGUACGAGGGCGUGGAUAUCUAUACACAUACCCCCCAUUUUCCCCACCAAUCCAGAGAGCUCCAGCUGGAUCUCACUGGGGGGGAGGUCUGGUCCCAUCUGGGCUCCCAGCUGCUGUGCUUUGCUAUCAAGAUCAGGUAUCACCAUGCAGCCCCGAGGCCUCACUAAGAAUAUAAUGAUGCAGGUUUGUUAAAGCUGAGGUAACAGGGUUAUUCAUGCAUCGCAGGGAGAAGAUUUGUAGCAGACCUGAAUGUCUAAGUGUGGGAAAACAGGUAUUAUGCGUGACGCAUUUAUUACCACAGAGUAACAAUGUGAAUAGUACACAUACUAGGGCCCGACUGAUAUGGAUUUUUUGGGGCUGAUACCGAUUAUUAGGGGGGAAAAAAUCUGAUUACGAUUAAUCCGCCGAUUUUUAAAUUUUUUUAUGAUGUUCUAAAAAAUACAUAUACAGUAUACUAUAUACUGUAGAUAUACUGUAGGCUACUGCUGUUCAUGCGGACAGGAAGAACGACUGAUCAAACUCGGACCAGAAAACUGAUCGAUGCCUCGUCUUAACUCACGUUACACAUUUCCGGUCCGGUCUCAUCUGGAGACAUGCAGCUGCCUCAGUAAGAGAAGUAGCUUGAUCACGUAAUGUGUACUGUUGUUCAUUCUACCGUUACUGGCACGGCUAACAGUGUAGCAAGGCUAAUAGCGGAUGGCUAACUCUAACUUUAGUUUGCAUAUUACAUGGUGCUUCACCGUUAACUUGGCGUGACCGAGGCCAGCACAGCAGGGAACAUCGUGAAGUGGGUUAAACUGAAACUUGCUGACUUAUUGUGUAUUUCACAAACUGGUUUAUUUACCGUUAAGGCGGACCACUCUCCUCCGUGCGUCCCUGAGCUGCCUGCUUCAGAUCUGUCACUCUGCUGUGCUGUGAGAUAGUUAGUGGAUGAAGAUUGUCAUAAGGUCGCUGUGCCAUCUACAGGAAAAGUCGGGGAACUUUUCAAAUGGCGGAACAUUUUUGAAGUAAAACCGAAUCUUAUUCUCCACAUUUUAUUUCUGAAGAUAUCGGAGAAAAUCUGCGAGUUUUGGCCAAUUGCCGAUUAGUCUGAAACGGGCUAAAAUUGGCCAAUUUAAUUGGCUCCCCGAUAAAUGGGUUGGGCCCUAACACAUACAAACCAGAUCAGACACCCUCCUGCAUUUUUGUGUGGAGGUGUGGAAGUGUUUAUAAGGUCUUGAAAGUGUAACCACUGUGAAACAAUCAGAAAAUAAUGUUGAUUUUUUUUUUUUUCAGUGUUCUAUUUUUUCUCCCUUGACCCUCUUUCCAAUCUGUUUCAGACUGUCCUGCAGCCAACACACUUCCUGUCUAAAGCCAUCAUGACUGUGUCUGAUAUAUCUGUGAUGUGUGUUGUUUGGAGUUUAUUUGAUAUUGGUUCAUAUGAAUACGGACAAGAUACUCUAUAGCAGUGGUUCUCAAGUCCAGUCCUCGAGGCCCACUGUCCUGCAUGUUUUGGAUGUUUCCCUGCUCCAACACACCUGAUUCAAAUGAUCAGCUCGUUAUUAAGCCAUUACAGAGCUUGAUAACGAGCUGAUUAUUUGAAUCAGGUGUGUUGGAGCAGGAAAACAUCCAAAACAUGCAGGAUAGUUGGCCUCGAGGACUAGACUUGAGAACCACUGCUCUAUAUUGUGCCCCUGAACUUGUGUGGUCAUUAUCCUGAGGCGCUGCUUCAAAGUGAAACUGUGCAAAUUCUCUGAACUGGAUAUUAACCAGACUUCAGCCCCCCUGUAGAAAGAGGAUGUGGGAAUGAGGGCAAAACAACUGAAUCAGUGUAAUAGUCUGUAAUUAUGACACACUGAUAAUUAAUUAAAUAGCAUCACAAUCUUUCUCAUAUAAUAGAAAAGCCCAUUAUUGUGAAAUCGCAAACAUAUCUGCUGUGUUGGGUGGAAUUCUGUGAUGAAGCUUCAUGCAGAGAGAAGCUGUGUUUCUGCUGAAGGCGUUUGCCUCUUGGAUGAGCAACAUGAAAGACAGAAGCCCCGUCUGCUAACCCCCCGAUUUCAUCAUUCCCACAUGUUUCAGAGCAAAACACGGAUCCCAAAAUAGACUGAGUGCUUGUCAAACUUGCCAGGUCAAUGGAAGGCAGAGCAGCUAAAGCAGCUAACCCGAUUCAAAACAAGGGGAGUGAAAUAGCUCCAGAAACGAUCGCUGUGCCAACAGGAAUCUGAUCACAACAGGAUCAAUUUGUUCAUCUUUGUGCUUGCAGGCAUGAAUGUGGGUUUAUAUAAGUUGUUAUGAUGUCUUUAUUAGUCAAAUAAAAUAGGACAAAAGCACAAAGACACACAGUUCAGCUGUGCUGUAGAGCUGUUCAAGAGUCAAACAGAGAUUGAGAUGUCUGCUGUGUCUCUGGUGUCCUCCUUGAUCUUUCUCCUCUUCAGUGACCUUUGACCUUUGUCUCAGUGGACUCUGGUCUAGUCUUCACAGGCAGCUGUGGUUGUCUGCAACGGUGUUUUUGCCUAUAUUUCUAUUCCCUUGCCAAUCAUCUUUGUUGUUUCCCCUUGUGGUGUUAAAAGCCCGACCGACAUUUUAGCUCAUUUAUAAUAUCAGGCAAACAUCAGCCCUUCAUAGAUUGAUGUAAUGAAAGGAAUAUGAUCGUUCCACAAGGCGGUAGGAGUAGCUGCUGCACGACCAGUUGGAUGUGGGAUCCAAAAACUAAACAUGACAUGAAUCCUGUGGGUUCACUAAAGCAGCAGAGGAAAGGCUGCUGUGCUGAAACAACAAACUCGAGACUUUAAGAGGAAGGAUGACUAUCCUCGACAGAGUGAAAAGAUCACAGAGCAGGUGUUCGAAUUCACCACUUUGAAACGCCAGUUUAUCUUUGUGAACGCAGCUUUUUGUCAUCUCUUGGAUCCGCUGUCCUGCCGUAUUGUUAACACCAUAUUUCAGACACAACCUGUCUGUCUGUAUGCAGUUUGACAACAGACAUCUGGAGCUCUGGUUUUUGUCUCUUGUCAAUGCUCAGCCUCUGUCGAGCUGUUUGCAAGACUGACAGGAUUUCUCAAAUAAAUCAUGUAGCUUGAUUUUAAAAAUGCCUCAAGGCGAAUUAUUUGCUUUUGUUGAGAAAACUUGACAGUCUGACAGCACUCAGGUCUGACUGUUUCCACUGUGCUUCUGUGCAGGGGUGUGUCCAGACUUUUUGACUGGGGUGGCACUGCUGGAGCUCUUACAUAGAUAGGGGUGGCCAGAGUAUCUGUACAACCAGCUACUUUAACAACGAUCAUUUAAGAGUUGCACAGAUAUUAUACGACUGUGUGUAAUUUUAGUGUCACAAUGUUUUUGUAUGAACUUAGGGUAUGUUAUUUUAGGUCUUGUUCAAAAUAAGCUGUGAUUUGUCAAGGUAGAGAUAAAGUAGAGCGAGCGAGAGACGGAGACAGUGAGGAGAAAAAUCAGAGAAUGACUUGUUAUUAUGCGUUUCUUGAAGUCCCCCACACACAGAUAAAGAAGACCAGAUUCGCCAGCACGCUGUAGCAGCCCGCUAAGUGGUGCGCCAUCUUAGUGGGGGCAACAUCGCCAUUAAAGGCAUUAGAUGUACAUGGAAAAUAAAUCAUAUCUUGCUCAUUUCUCAACCAAUUUUUAUGAGGUUUACUUUAUUUACAACAUCAAAACGUGCUAUUAAUACAGAACAUAUAUAUAUUUUUUUUUAUUUAAAAUGCUCUGUAUAAAUAGCACAUUUAAGCGUUGACAAUAAAGUGAACUGCACGAAAAUUGGUCGAGAAAUGAGUAAGAUAUGACUUCUUCUCAUUGCACAUGCAUUGAUUUUAAUGGGAAUGUUGCCUCCACUAGUUUAUCCUCACCGUAGGCACACAGCUCAAAGGGUCAUGUCUUUUCUAUUAUUCAUAUCUAUGCCCUCACAGAGGAUGUGACAGUAAAGGACUUGAACUUUACAAAUGUCUUGAGACUUGUAAAUAUAAAAAUUAGACAUAGAAGGUCACAACAAACAUCAACACGCCUGAUUAAGUCCAUUAAAGAAAUUCUGUAUGCCAGCCAACAGCGUUCUGUGUCAAAGUGAUUUACGUGAAAGAACAACGGUGUCACUGAAGUCUUGUUAUGAAUGUGUCUGUCAGUGGUUCUGCUUCCUUCCUCUCGCUUCGCUUAGAGCUGCUGCUGCUGCUGCUUUCUCUAAAACACAAACACCCAAACUGUUUGUGCAAUGUCUCUUCAGACACACAGAGCCACUGUGUGAUUGAGAACAAUAGUCUUAUAUAUCAGCCUGGGCUGGACUGUGGUCAGUACAAGUUCUUAGGGAAGACACAGUGUCCCCAGGAGGCGGACUGGACCAAGCUGAACUCCGAGCAGGUCUGUCCUCAGGGUCCAGCAAUAAAGAACAUCUGAAUAUCUGUUUACAGAGUUGACCGCUAGUCAAGUUGGGUCAUCAAAACCUGAGUGUUGUUUGUGUUUUUAAUUUGAAUGAGAUAGUAACUCAUCUGUCAGUCGCAGUGUCUCAGGAGGCAGGAAAUGACAUCCAAACCAGCCUGUUAAAGCCACAGUGUCAUGUUUCCCACAAAGCAGACGAGGAUCUACAUUAAUACACUUUUUCCAUGUAUAUCAACGCUAUGUUAACAUAAUGCUGUAAAGAACAGAUGGAUUAUCCUCACUGUCUCCAUGGUGAAUGUUCCUGAAUAUUUACUGCUGUGUUCUCACAUCAGCUCACUCUGACCUCAAGGUGGAUUUUUUUCAGGGAGCUUGCUGGAAAUUUUGUCUGUCUGUGUUCACACAUGUGGCCCAUCCCCAAAAUUUUGAGAAGUUGUUGUAGGAUUUUGCACACAUUUGAGUUCAGCUCUCUCUUUAAAACAAACUUGUACUAAGUGUUUUAGUAGUUUUCUUGUGAUCUAUUCAAAAAGGCUAAAAGUGGAAUACAGCACUGAGUGAAAACCAUAUAUUUAAUUUGCAGAUGCGCCGGUGAGUUUGUGUGCAUCUGUGAGUUUCAUAUUGACAUCAGCUUAAAAUACUUACUCCAACUGGUUUGCAGUACAUUAAGUAUCAUGUGCACAUGUGGCUGUGUUCCCUGUGCUGCUGAAACUGAUGCUUUUAUGAUCACCUCAUGGGUCAUGAGUUGCGAAGAGAAACAGAAAACUACAGAUGCAUUUAUGAUCAUAAUUUGCAUGGUUUUCUUUUGAAUUGACCUUAUAAUUUUUUGUAUAUUCUUGAAAUAAUGGAUAAAAUAUGGAAUAUUGAAUUGAAAAAAGUUAUAUUAUUUUAGUAGGCAUCUGGGAACCACUUCUUUACACAACUUACUGCUUUACUUUAUUCCCUAGUUUGGAUAGUUUGCAGUGCGAAAUUAACAGCUGCUAUACCACUUUCACUUUCCUAUUUAGGGUAUUAAAGUCUUUUAAAAAUGCUGUUAGUGAGAUCUGUAAGGCAUGUGAUAAAAAAAAAAAGUAUGGGUGGGUAGCAUCAGAAGUAUCAUGGUUCUUCAGAUAAGAUAGGAAAAGAUACAACUGAACUUAGCUGAUCCUAAAGUUGAUUUUAGUUUGAGUCAGACUGCUUCAAGUUAACGGUCCAAAGAUAUGAGUAGAACAAAAAGAGCUCCAAAGUUAGUUUGCUUUACAUGAAGUUUACAUGCAGUUCAAAGGAAUGAGGAUUAUAAGCACAGGAAGGAGGGCUAUAAUGAUUACAAAAGUGUAAAUAGAUGUAACACAUGAUGCUAAUGAAGUUCAAAUAAUAUUCAAAAUAGUUAAAUUGCAUGAGGCCUCAAAUAUUGAGAGGAUAGGAAUGAUGAACACACCACAGCUCCAUACUUAAAAAAUCUUGGGCUUACAGAAAACAAGGAGGCUUGUGUUGUUAAAUUUCUGCAUUUAAAAGAAUAAAAUGUAAUAUUGAUGAGUCAGUGGAUACCAAACAUAAAUCUCUGUCAUUUAAUGAUAAUAAAGUCGGUUUAUUUUGUGCCUGAGAAGACAAAUACUCUUAUUUAGUUCAUCCGGGUUUAGAUAGCGGUCAUCCAGGAGCAGAUUUGUUAGAGAAACACAUAAAAAAGGACUUGUAGUUAUUUUUAGCUUCAGUUUCACAGUUGACUAAAAAUAGGUCAAUUAUUUUCUCUGCCUUCAUGAGAGAUAUAACAAGUGAACGUGUCCUCAUUUUUACAUAUUCAUGUUUCUAAUCUGACCUCAUUUUACUCCUGUUAACACAUUAACACACAAGCCUACAAUACUAUACACACGUACUGUACAUCAGGGCAGCUGCUGCAUGUGUUACUGUAGUCAUACUAAAAGGAGUCAUUGGAGGUGUUUUAUUUAAUGAGUUUCACCAGUAGAUGCUCAUAGAUUAUAGGAGAGUAUCUUUGAAAUAUUUAAACUGGUACAAAAUGAAAACACAUGUAAUACUGUAAAUUAUUUGAUAUGUUGCGACCAGAGUGAGAUUCAGCCCCUGAGAAAAAAAAAGAAACAAAGCAAUAAAAAACUCCACAGACUGAUUAUUUUGGAUAUUUUGUACAUGAUAUUUUGGAUAAAUGAGAUUCUUCUGUAUGCAGAUUGAACCAAGCCAAGAGUGUCUGUUUGUGAUGCAGUGCUGCCCCCUUGUGGUGGUGUACUGGAAUCAGUAGACCAUUUUUUGAUCCCUCUACAAAUCUGCAGUGUGGGGAUCUGAUUUUAAAUAUGUGAUGGAAAUAAUAGUAAUAUGCAAUAUUAGGAUUUUGGUCCUUUUAACUUGUUUAAUUUAUCUUUUAACAGAAUUAUGGUUAGGAAAAAAAUAUUAAGGUAUAGACAGACAGGGGGGUGAUUAAAUAGACAGACAGACAUGUACAAGACAUUGCUAAUUGAAAAUUAAACAAAUCAGUAAAUGAUUUGAGCAAUUUUAUAUAAAGCUUGUUCAAAAUCUGAUGUAUUACACAUGCAGAAUAUUGGAUAAACAUGAAUAUUUAACCAAUACAAAAUAGAGGCCUAAGUUAUGAAGCUGCACAGCUGUAGUAGAUGUAGUCUGUAGAUGGAAGUAGUCUGAUAAUAAUACACAGAGAAGCAGUCUUUGCAGCACCUACAUGCAGGUUCAAAGACCAAGUAAAACAAAGUAAUGUUAUGGCACUGCUCUAAGUUCCAGAGGAAAAUACUCAUCCGUCUGUCCCAGUGGAGCAAAAAUAUUGAGAGCCAACUCUAAAAGUGAUCAGAACAAAUUUGACAAAGAAAGAAACACACUGACACAAACACUAGACAGAGAAAAAAUGAGAGCUAGAGUAAAAAUGGAAAAAUAAGCAAGAUUAUAAAGUAGAAUAAUACAUUUUACAGCUUGUGAUCAUCCAGAUUGAGUAUUUCCUUGAAAUUGUUAACUUAUUCUUAAAGUGUCCAAUAAGUGACAACAAUUUCGAAUACUUCAACUUGAGUCACCAACUCUCCUGUGCAGUAACACACAACACAGGUUAAAAAAGUGCUAUAACAAGCUUUUAUAUCCACCGGAUGUUAUGCACAAGACAUGUCAUUCAUUGUUCUUUAUUUGCUCAUGGUUAUAUCUUAAGUAUUUAAUCUAAGGCAAAAGGAUUUAAGCCAAUGAUAACCUGAAUAUUUGAUGAGAAAAUUACAUAAUUUGUACAUAUUAUAGAUUUAAAUGUGAAAAUUUAACAAUAAGAGGCCAGCUUUUCAUAAGAAGUGUAAGGGUUUACUACUCAAACUGGUAACUGAGCGGUAAAGCUUUUCUUUCCUUUUUCUGGAGUAUGAGAUGUUGCUGCUUCAUUUCCUUCUGCUUUUUUCUCCCUCACUGCUGGAGAAAUUAUGAAUUGAACGACUUACAUAACACAGUACUUAAUGACUAUUUUAAUAGACUAUUUUUGCAGUCUCUUACCUGUCUGCCUUUCUCAGUCUCUGCCUCAUCAAACCCUGUCUACAGCUGCAGAGACUCUUUAUCUGGUCAUGUAUUAAUAAGUAAGUCUGCAUAAAUCUGAAGUAUUUCCAGAUAAACUGUGUGUGUUUUUAUCAGGGAAGAAGUUUCAAUGAUAGAAACUCUGAUUGUUUGAUCAUGAGACCUGGUUUAGCUCUUGGUAAUUCUUUGUAGUUUUGUUUUUAGUGUUCAUUAGACAUCCUAACCCACGGUCGGAGUGUGGGUCUGUGUGUGUGCUCACAUCUCUGAUCCAUCCACGUGUGGUAUUGUUAUGAGUCUGCAGUGUCUCUUUUGUGCGUCCUCUGCUGCUGUGUGAGUGAGUUUAGUGCUGUCAUCACCUCUUUAUCCCUCUAUUCAGCCCGUCUCUCUUUGUCCCUCUCUCUCUAACUGUUGUCAGUUUAAAUGCACACGAGCUUUCUUCAAGUGAAAGAGAGUGAAUAUGAUUUAACAUGACACUGCUGUACACAGCUGAGUUUGAAGUACGUGACACUUUUCACUCUGGUUGGGGUGAAAAAUACAAACUGGACUCAAACAGCAUUAAUUCCUUACAUUUCAAUGUCAGAUGUGUGUCAUAAACAUGUUUUUUUUUCUUAUCCUGUGCUUUACAUGUAUUUUAAACAAGCUGUCAGUCAUGUUGUCACAGCCCAUCUUUUUUAAAAUUAAAUAACUAAUUAUAAUUUGUUAGAAAAGUUACUCUUGAACAAAUAACAGAAAUUAUGUUUGAGAAAAACCUGUACUAGGGAUGUAUGACCUAUACCGUAGCCUGCCAGUAGGGGGAGCUCUGAUUAAUAUUGCUUCGCUUUUAGACAGCUGCUGUGUGGUCCAUCCUCUUCUUUGCGCUUGGUCACACACAUUAGCAUAAGGCUAAACAUGAAGCUAAUGCUCAAAGUGGAGAUCAGAAUCAGAAAUGCAGAGCUGCAGUUCCUUAAAUGUCCACUGGAGGCUCUCUUCUAGAGCGAAUUAAUCCCCAUUAGAUUCAAUAACUAUGCAGGAGUCUUAGAGCCACAUUCACGAAAAAAAAAAUCUUUAAGGUUUUUAAAAAGUUUUUGAUCAUUUUCUUAUAAGAGAUAUAAUUAAGUUAUUUUCUUACGAGAAUAAAAUUAUUCCUGAUCAAAUAAAACAUUUCUCUAUCCUGUCCUCCGCACUGUUUACUAAAGCUGUAAGGAUCUGUCAGGUGACUGUCCUCUGAGGGCCUCAAAACCUCUCUUUAUAAACCAGAAGUACACAUCAAGACCACAUCCACAGUUCAUAUGACCAGCAAACUCCUCUGUUUAUUCACUGUCCUUUCGCCCCCUAGUGGCCAAGCUUUGAUUAACUGGACAUUGAAUACCGCAGUUCUUGCUCCAGUUUGUCUGACAUGAUUUGCCUUCCCUCUCUGUCUUACAGGGCUUCUCUCUCUCUCUAUCUGCUCCUCUCUUUAAUCUUACGUGCUGUCUGGUUCAGUCGUUCCUCUUUCUCACUGUCUGUGUUUCCUCCUCUCAGACUUUGAUCCUCUCUGACAGCUCUUUAUUUACCUCACCCUCGUCUCAGUUCUUCAUUUCACUCGCUCUCUUGCCCUCUCGAAUGCGCCUCGUUUUCCCUAAACUUUAGCACUUAUAACUUGACCUCGGCUGCAGAACAGUCACGAGUUUACAACUUACUUUACUACAGUGGUGAAGUUCUGUCUGGCAAAGGAGGAGUGAGUUCACAAACAGAGAGACACACAGUUCUCUUUAGGGGAAUGUGUUUUCCUGAUAGCAUCGAUCACUUUUUAGGCCAGUACAAUCUUUGAAUUGUUUUCUAACUGUAUCAACAUUUUGCUUGUUCUUAGGUGCUUUGUAUAUGUGCAGCUGAAGUGAACAGAGAGUCAGACAGUCAGAGCAGCCUCCCUCCUCUCGGCCAUCAUGUGGUCGCUCACCCUCACUCUCGCCCUGAGCUCCUGCGCCGUCCUCACUGUGUCGACGCAUAAAGAAUCAGGGCAGAACAGAUGCAUACUCUCCUCUGAGUCACUCAUCACACUAUGUUAUUUUUGUUCUGGCCUUACUCCUCCGUGAUUACGAGUCCUCCUCGCAGUCAGGAAAAAGAACAACAGUGUCACAAGUGCACAGAUUUGUUUGGGGAAAGGAGAGCUUUGCACAAUAAUGUCAAUAACAGAAUAAAGGAAAGGUUAAGGGAAAGAAACGGAGACGAAUAAAGUAGAUAUAAGAAAGAGUAAAGGAUAGAAAAGGCUGGAGGAGGAUAUGAGAGGAGGGAUGCAGAGGCUGCUGGGUGAUGUUUGCACGGACGUCAGCCUCUUUUAGCAUCUCUGCAUCCUACUUCUCCCUCUUCAGCUUCAUUCUUCCUUUCUCUCACUGUCUUUCUGUCGUUUCAGCUGCUCUCAGGUGUCAAUGAAAAGAGCGCUGAGGGGAUGACAGCACAGCUAGAAGUGCUGUGCAGAGCUGGAAGCACACACACACACACACAAGUAAAGACACACAUACAAAGUCUGGCAUGCAUGGUCGAGACGCACAAACGUUUUUGCUAGUCCACAGUUUGGUUGUAAUAUUCUCUGCUGUCAGACUCUGGCAAUUAUAAAGAUUACAUAAGGACCUCAGCAUUAUUUUCACGAAAGAGUGCCUCUACUACUCACUCUCACGUCUGUGUGUUUAUAAGAGAGCUGAGUCCAGACCACACUCUCACCUUAACCAGUAUCUUUGAGUUGAAGCAGACACCACACUUUACUUGAUACUUUAUUGUCAUGGUGUCUUAGAUUUUUCUGCAACCUCACCAAGGAUAAACUGCCAACUCUGUCAAAUACAAUGAUCAAGUAUUAACUUGUACUUUUGUGUAACAGAUACAGCCAUAUUCCCCUCAGUGUCAAUAACUACAGUCUAAUGUAGCUCGCCUCAGGAGGUCAGGUUGCAGAAAGUGAGGAUUGUGAUACUUGUCGAUCGAACUGUCAGUAGUUACCUCAUCUGACUAAGGCGGCUGUGAAAUCCCGUGUCCUCCACCUUUCCUGUCAUCUCCGGAUAAAGUUAUGGAACAAACAUUCCUCUCACACGAGCUUUUAUUCUGUCUUUAGAGUGUCUUUGAAUGUCUUCUACUGCUGUCUAACAUGUCUUCUUUUGGUAUUAUGUAGCUGUCAUGUAAUACCACACAAUCAAACACAACAUAUAUGUUAGAUAUUCAGCUCUGAAUAUCUCUGGGUUUGUUUGAACUCUCCACUCUGCCUCACCUGAUGACCGACCCUCAAUUCUAUCUGAUUGGCCAGAAGUCACAUGAUCGUGUGACAUAACUCUGCUGUGAGUCAACUGGUGAGCUGUAUACUCCUGUGUAUGGUCUUGAAAGUCUCAGUUUAGAUGAAACAUUUAUUAAAAGGGUUUCUAUUGUGUACGGUGCUGAGUUAGCCGAGUGGUUUAGGUGCACGCACAGUUCACAUAUGCAGGCGCCACAGUUUCAAGGUUGGUUCCAAGUUAUCAGUCUUAUGAACUGCCAAUAACCAAUAUUGGUUUUAAGCCCAGAAAAAUGAAUAUCAGUCAACCUCUAAUAAAAAAGUAAUUGAUUUUAUUACUGAGAUUGAAAUAACAAAAGGUUGGCAAAUGGGUAACAUGUUAAAGUCCCACUCCGAUCUUUUUUUUUGUUUUACUACUUAAAGAGUUCUCAGUAGUCUUUAUAUUGUGAUUAUGAAGUUUUUAGCCAAAAUCAGAAUACCUGUGUCAUUUGCAAGAGCUUUUCUUCAGCAGAGCUCCAGUAGCUCAGUGGCAAUUCUCCUCUGAGUUGUGAGCAGAGACAGCGCUGCUCUGUACACUUCUCUUUGGGUUAGCUUGCAGCCUAACAUUAGCGGUGUAGUAGAAGUGGCAGGUAGCAUAGGAGCUAUUCAGCUCUCAGACACUAAUGUCUUUGGGGACAUGAUGAAAGUUAAUAUCAUAGUUAGCUUUCUUAUGAGCAUUGCAUUCCGCUAGUGCACACGCUCUUUCCGCGAUUGUCCUCUCUAUUUCUCCAAGUGUGGCCUGUAUAGCAGGGCUCCGGGGGCGGAGCUUGGAGUUGUGAUGUAGAAAAUCUCACUGUGUCUGAACCUGACGUUUGAGUCUGCCAGAGAUUCACAGCGAUUUGAAUGCAGAAAUACUCAGAAAUGCAGUUUUGCACUUAUUUUUCUCAUAUGUCCUGUAGUAUCAGAAAAAUGCCAUAUGAACAUGUAGACAACAAGAAAAACAGGAUUUUCAUCGGAGUGGGUCUUUAAUAACAUCACCUGCAUACAAAAGAGAAUUGACAUGAAAAAAUCAAAAAUUGAAAAAUAAAGUAAAUCUUUAUCUGAACGCACCUACAUCAAACAAAAAUAGACUAAAGGAUGGAAUAAGAUAAAACUUCAUAAAUAACUCCUGACCUGACCUUUUGUUUUGUUCAGUUUCAUGUUCAGUUGAAGACAGCUUUCUGCUCCGAGGCAUCAUAUCUGAGUACACUUUUGUCCCUGUGUCGUAUUCAUGUUGACUUUGGACAGAAACAUUGUGCAAAGUGCUUAACUGAGAUUCCCAGACCGCAAGAUGACAUCUGUUGUGUAAAGUCAAAAAAGCAAGAGAAAAAUCCACUUAUUUUUGAAGCUGAAACCUGGGAACAAACAGUAAUUUGACCACUUUUAUGUUUGCCUGGUGAAUGUAGCAGUGGGUGUUUUGGUGGUGUACUUUUGAUGCUAACAGCAGCAUCAUCCACCAGUUAGUGAGUCUUAAAGGAGGAGACAGGGAGACCCAGCAAACACCGAGGAAGAGAGCAGAGAGGGUAACAUUGCUUUCUGCUUUACCAAUCGGCUGGACUGUGCAGCAAAGGGAUGAGAGGAAUGUGACUGAGAGAGAAAGAGAGAGAGAGAGAAAGAGAGGGAGAGGGGUGCAGGGAUGUCAGCAAAUAGACCCAAGGGAGAAAGAGAGAGAAUGAAUAGAGAGAGAGAGAGAGGGAGGGUAGGGUUGAGCGGAGGGAGGACUAUACUUAGACAGCAAUAAAGAUAGUCAGCCACCGCCAAUGCUGCACUGUAGUGCCAGCAUGGAGGGGGACUCGCUGGAUCUGUGAGCGGCAGCAUGGGAUUGAAUCCAGCUUUAAAAUCUGGUCGGACAACAAAAUUCCUCUUCAGUCCAACUGAUCCAGGAACAGGAUUCCAAUCAGUCAAGGAUGGAUUUACAACCAGAAACUAUCAAAGAAAUGAGUGAACCCUGUCUGACACGGAGACUUUUCUACUCUGAAAAAUUCGAAGACGACUAGUUUGACUUUCUGGCUGAGGCUGCAUCUGAUGCUACAACCCAGGGAGUGAUGAUGAGGAUACAAGGAUGCUACUAAAGCAGCUGAGUCUCUCAUUUUAAACUUAAAACUGGACUGAAUGAAAAGGGAACAUUCGCAAGAAGAGGUCAAGAUUUGCUGACAUUUGCUGUUAUAUACAAUCUCAGAAGUUUGGACCAAAAAUGAGGACUAGCUUGAAGACAGAUGGUCGAAAACUGAACCAAAUAUGACAAAUGAAGCCCAAUUCAGUCAGAAAUAGGAUGCUUUCCUUUGCUUUGGACUGGAUCUCUGUUGCUUAGAACUUCAUGAAUCAUGACCUAAUGAGCUGCCCAAAGGAAGAUACAAAUGAAUGAUGAAGCCAGAUCCAAGGAAGGUCAGAGGAUUCCAAAUUAGUGCAUUGCAGAUUUGGAGAUCUGCCUCCAAAGGGCAGCUUGGGCUUCCUGAGUUGUAGUUUUGUGUGUGUUUUCCACUGAUUCACCAUCAGUUGUUGCUUCUGGCCAUGACACAUCCGGCAGAGAUCGUGCAGAGGUGACCGGAUAUCAUAGACCUGGGGUUAGUAGCGUUGUAUGGUUUGUGUUGGUGUGCCGUUCACAACACAGACGGUUCAUGUGUGUCCGGAUGUUUUGGUGCUAUGCUGAGGGUGUCGGGUGUUGCUCCAGCUCCGUCAGGCCACGAGUGGCGGUUUCAGUGUUCUGUCGGGGUGGACUGUAGUGACGCCGAACCUCGCUGUAUCUGGCUGGCAGUUUUGAGGGGCAUCUCACCUUGUGCCUCACCCCGGCCAACUCCUAUCGCAUCACCAAGAAGACGGGGAUCUCGGAGGAUCAUACAGCGACACCGUCUGUCCUGGGUAAGGCGGGGGAAAUUAUUCUUUUGGGUUGAAACUUAAAGAACUUUUCCAGUAAGAGAAAUCUAAACUAAAUCAAAUUGCCAUUGGUCAAUCUCUCCACAUGAGGUUUUACAAAUGCAUUACCAAACAAAACAAAGGAAUUUAUUUUAAAGUAAUUUAUUCCCAUAAGAUGUAACUUCCUUCAAACUAAAAUCAGCUUAGAGGGUAAGGCAGGAACAGUUCCUUAAAGACCAGUGAUCUCCAAAGAGUGGUCCGCACUCCCUGGUGGGCUUUCAAGAAACUGCAAGUGGGCUGUGAAAAAGUUAUUUACAAUCUUAAAAAAGUGUCAAUCAGAGAUGUCCCAAAAUAUAUUUUUAAGUUUCCUUGUGUUUUAAGAUAAUACAAAUAUAUUUGAGGAUGAAUUCUUUUACACUAUCAAGGAGACGCCUGUUAAAGCUUUGAGUCUAAUCAAAUAUUAAGUAUGACAUUUUAAAGAACAUCUACUCUAUCAACACUGAUGAGCUUAAAAUAUAAAUAUCUACAAGGCAGAUGAGAUCACUGACAGGAAGACUAAUUACAAUUUAAGAGUUAUUUCCAAGGUCUGAAACCACUUAUAUUACAAAAAUGCCAAAGUGAUCGACAGCACAUUGCUAAACAACCAUAAUUAACAUUAUCUGUGGCAAAUAUUCUUAACUUUUAGUAUGUUUGACUGUAAAUGGAGAACAUGAUGAAAUUAAUGUAGAAAAUCUGCUUACUGAAGUCCAAGACAGGUUUUCCUCUAAGGUGACCAUAAAGUGUAUUGUGCUCCAACAAAUCUGGUCAUACCAUGAUGAGUCGUACCUAUUUGUAUUGUUAUAUAUGGUAUUAUAUUGUAUUAAUUUAUAUCAUAUCCUAGAGUAUUAUUAAAUCAUAGAGAAUCAUAUAGUAACAUUUGUCAUAUAUCACAUGGUAUUGAGUCAAAUCGUGUAUUUAAACAGAUCCAACUACAUGGUUUAUCAUAUGGUGUAAUGUAUUGUCGUAUUAUAACGAACCAUAUUGUAAACUAUCGUAACAUCCUAACAUUUCAUACCAUAACUUGUUGUAACAUAUUGUAUCAUAACAUACUGUAUAUCAUACCAUAUAUUAUUGUAACUUAUCAUAUCGUAACAUAUCACAUCAUAACAUAGCAAAUUGUAACGUAUAUUGUAUAGUUACAUAUCAAAUCACAAGACAUCACAUCGUAACAUAUUGUAACAUAUUUUAUCAUAUCAUAUGAUACAUUAUCUGGUGUUGUAACAUAUUGUAUAGUUACAUAUCAAAUCACAAGACAUCAUAUUGUAGCGUAUUUUAUCAUAUCAUAUGAUACAUUAUCUGGUGUUGUAACAUAUUGUACUUGCAUAUUGUAGUGGAGAAAUUUAGUCACAAAAGGUGUCACAGUUUGUUCUCCUGGCAUCACAGCUGAAUGAUACAGUCUUAAUAUGACACUUUUUUUAUUUGUCUUUGCAAACAUAAGCCUUUGUCACUGACCUGAAAUUUUCCAGACAACUUCAGGAAUGCAGUUUUUGGAACUUUCAGUUAGCAGAUGCACCACAGUAGGAGUAUAUCAGUGUCUCACGAAUCUUGCGCUCUUGUUUAGGUGGGAAGUAGGUUGGAGGGGCAGUCUUCAGUAAUGCUGACUAUUUAGUGAUAAAGUGAGCUGUUUGUGUUCGCACAUGAAGCCCACUCGAAUAAUGCCGAGAAAUUUCCAGGAGUGCACAGAGCAUGUGUGAAAGGGACUUAUGGGAUAAUGGAAUAAUGGAGCAGUUAUUUCAGCUAAAACUGUUAGUGUAAGUAAUAAUACCUAUUACCCCUCUAAUUUUAAGUCUUUGGAGAUGUAUGGGAUCAGACAAGCGCUGGGACUAGUUUUAGAAUUUUCCCAUGGUGCAUCCCUGCACAAACCGCAGCUCUAAAAACAGACACGCCUGUCGCGGUUCUGAAGGGUUCUCAUCGCCUGUCUGAUCUGAUAGCUGUGGACAGGUGUGUGUCCUCAGGGAUGCUGCUUCCGCCGUUUGUCUUUAACCUCUCCUGUCAGUGUGAGACGUAGUUAUUGACCGCUCUGUUCUUCAAACUCCACGUCUGCAUCCUGGGAGUCAAAGUUUGUGUCCCUGGUUUCAACUUUAGGGGUGACUUCAGUCAAUGUCAGGGAGUCAAACAGGGUGGUUAUUACCAGCCUGUCAUUGUCUGCAAUAUUCAGCACGUGGGGUUUGAUUCAUUCAUGUGUCUGUGUGUGUGUGUUUUGCCUCAUGUAGUUGUUAUGUAAUGUGGCACUGAGAGGGGGCCUUAGAGAGGAAGAGGGGAUGAGAGAUGAGGCUGAUGCCCUCACGAUGCACAGACUCAUGUAGCUUUAUAUAAAAUCUUAUGCAUGCAUACUGUAUGUGGGUGUGUGCAGUGUUGCUCUUAUAUCAUCUGUUCCAGGAUCUGUCGAAGAUCAGACCUUGCUCCUCAACAGACACUCUUCUUUGUGUAUUUGCAUGGUAGUAGAGUGGCUGUUUUUGUAAACACACAAAGUCUCUGUCAGUUUAUGUUACGUGAUGUGCGCAUGCAGGGUGGAUUUAUGUCUUUUUGCAUUCUGUCACUCUUUCUCUCGGUUCAGCUCAUUCUGCUGGAGUCUAAAUGUCAGACUAGCAAAGUAAAUUCACUACACAACAGAGAGAGUCCCAGAUUCAAUCUUCAGUCCGAAUCAGACAAAUUAGAUAACUUGUGUGGGGAAAGAAAAUGGAAAACAAGAAAAUUGAGUGAGACGAGCUAUGUUUGAGUCAGGACAAAAAGUCGUUGUUGUCCUGAAGGAGCUGCAAAAUCAGAGCGAAGAUCAUGAAAGGACUCUUGUGAAAGCGGAAAGAGCUGAAAAACACUCAUCAAGGGGGAAAAAUACGCAAAGAUAUAAGAAAUCUUGUCAACAACACCUAUUAGGCUUUAAUUAAAACACUUAAAAGGGUGCAAUUUUAACCUCACACCACUUAAUGCACCUGACAGGUUGAGAACCACUGCUCUAGAAGUUAGUUUUACUUUUGUGGAGUACAUGCUGCUUCGCUAACCCAGUGAGCAUGCUAAAAGCAGAGCCUUUAGCACCAAGUAUUACAAAGUUCAACACUGUUAUGUUUUGUGCUAAAGGCUUAGAAUUAUUCCUUACUUCUUCCAUCACUGUGUCUUGACUUUUACUGGUGUCAGAGUCCAGGUCAGACACUUUUAGCUACAGUAUUUUCCUGUUUAAACUUCUUAUGAAACAUACUCUCUGCCCCCUCAACUUUCUAGCUGUGAAACAUUUUCAUCCUUGUUUUGGACAAUUUCACAGGGAGUGGCAGAUUGGAAAGGUAACUCCAAUAGGUGCUUCCUCAAGGAAAAAAAUCUUCACCUGCUGCCGCCAAUUCUGUACUCCUCUAUUCAGCUCAUCUAAUGUUUAGACUGCAGCAGGGAUAAGACAGAUGCUUUUGUUUAUCUGUCUUAGCCAAGUACAAGGUCAAGGGUCAGAGGUCAGUUAGGGUGGCAACAAAGAAAAAAAGAAAAAACUAAUGACUUUUAUUUGUUAGCAAUCGUGGUUUUAUUUAGAGUACACCACAUUGACCAGACUAUAAGAAGAGUUUUAUUCCUCAAACCACAUCUGAAGAAGCGAGACGUCUGGUAUUCAGGGUUAAGUGGUUAACUGGGGUUGAAGCUUGUAUGUGACAUAAUUAUGUUGUGUUUGAAAUAACAGUUAUAAAAUACAACAAUACAGUGUAGCAGCUCACUGUAAAAUCCACUCACUUAGUGAGGUCGGCAAUUUUUGAGUGUUAAACUCAGUGUGUUUCUGCAACAUCCAGGGGCUUUUCUAUCCCACAGAGAGUAACAGUUUACUUUCAGAGACUCUCUGGAUCUUAUUCCUUGAGAACAAAGAUGAUCUAUGAUCAUAUGUGCAUAACUUAAAGUGACUUAGAGCUAUUUCUAUUGUUAGCUGUCUAUGCUUGACUUCCUGUGUUGGUCUGUUGACCAAUCAGAAGCGUAUCUGUGAUCAGCUGAGCGUAAAGGUCCAGUGAAGGGCUAGUGCAGCGGAUCAGUAGAUCUGCAUUCUGUAUGCGCACUAAUGUCUGGAUGCUUCAUUUGCAAACACGCUCAUGUUAUGUUUUAUUUAAAGCUGCUGUGAGGAACUGUUGGUUUAUACUGGUUUGGCGCCCCCUGUGGACAGGAUGAUACCUGUUAUUUCUUGCAUAAAAAAUUAUAACAGUGAAAUUUUAGCCUUGUUGCUAGUCAUAAUGAGACUUCAGCAUCAGUGUCAGUCUGUUCCGUAACCAUUUAAAAUCUUCACAGUGUCUUUAACAGAGACAAUUUCAUUUUUCAGAUAUUAAACAUUAUUUUAUUUCAGAGGUUUAAACAUCAGUGUACCUUGCUCUAUGUCCAUUUUGUUUUAUUAAUUCUAUUGCUUUCAACUGAAAUCGCUUUUUGUAAAAAAAAAAAAAAAAGCCCCGUACAAAGGCUUUUAACCUUACCAUCAGUAUCUCCUGACCUUUACUUCAGGAAUCACCAGGCUAAUGAGCACUAGGGGUAGGAAUCACCAGUGGACCCCCGAUAUGAUAUUAUCACGAUACUUUGGCCACGAUAUCAGUCAGUGUUGUGAUACAAUACAUUGCAAUUUAUAAAUUUUUUUCAACUGUUUAUCUAAUUUAGCAUUUGGCUUUCCUUAAUGCUUGUCUAAUUUACGCUGUAUCUUCUGUUCAUGUAGCACAUCUUGCAAACCUUAAAAAUAUAUUUGUUGCACUAACUCUCUCCUGCUCUAUGAUGUCACCUCUGCCAACUUCACUGGACAAACAGUUGAUUUUAUUUUUCCAUUAUCAUAGAUUUGACUUCAUAUUUUGAUUUGAAAAAAUGAUAUUUGGUAAAUGAGACGAUACGAUUUAUCACCAGAUAAAAUAUCACAAUACUAUGCUGUAUCGAUUUUUUUUCUCACACCCUUAAUGAGCCUUAAUGAUGUCACAAAUCCAACUUGUGAUAUCCUUGUUCUUAAAUGUAGGUCCUUCUGAAUCAGUCUGCCUGCAUGAACCAUCACUUUAACUUUUUUGAUAUGCCUUAUGCUUUUGUAUCCAUAAGUUAGGCCUUUAAGAAAAAACUACAAAACAGAUCAAAGUAGAGGAAACUGGUGAAUGAGACCUUCCUCAUGUACUUUGUCUGUGACAAUAACAUGAGUCACCUUCUUCUUAUUAUCUUUAUCGUAGUUGUUAUUAUUACCAGAGCUGUGGAGGGUUUGUAGUGUAGUUUUAUAAGAUCCUCUCAGCUCCAGCAUGCAGUAAACACAGAGUGUAUACUGCUUUUUUAAUCUAGCAAGAGAGUGCUGACAGUUAAACACUCUGUGACAUGAUGGCAUUUCAGCAUGUGUGUGUGUGUGUGUGUGAGUGAGUAAAUUGAGUGUGUGAGUGAGCGAGCGGGAGAGAGAGAGACGGGUAAACAUGUACAGCAUCUCACCUCUGUGUUUACACUCACUCAUGUGUGAAAUGUCACCUGCAGAGAUGUCACAUGAUGAGGAAUCUAACACAACAACGUGUCCGACUACCUUACACAAACACACACACACGCAGAGAAGAGAUGACUUCAUGCAUGCUGAGGGUGUACACAACACGACUCUCUCCACACACACACACACUCACCCACAGACACAAACAGAGAAAUGUCAGUGGGCAGCAGUCCUCAGAGGUUGUUUCUUUCUGUGCGUGAGGAUAUUACGUCUUAUGUAACCCUGAAAACAGUGGCUCUUUGGAAAAGUUUAUUAAGUCGGUCUGUGAUUCAGAGUCAACAAACACUUUAAUUUGAUGAUUUAAUUCUCUCAGUACAUUUAACAGCUACAUUAAACUCAGCCUGUCUGUUCACUGAUAAGCCCAGAGCACUUAAAGCAUGUCCGUGCUUUGAUAACAGACAAUAAAUCCUUCUUACAUAUAAUGGAAAAUCAAUCUCAACUGAUUGGCUCCCCUCUGUGGAAAGGGUCUCUUCCUCACUCUCCUUGGAACUAUUAUUAGAGGCGAAGGUUUCCCCAAAUCACGCCUCUAAACUUCCUGUCUCAAAGAAACAGACUUCCUGUUGUUUUCAUGACCGGCUGAGUCGGCUGUUCAGUGGUUUUUUCAGUGUUAUAAUCGUGUUUAUGUGCUGUACAGUUAAUGGGUUUCACAGUGUUGAUGGUUUUGUUUCAGUGUGUAUCCUGGUUGUAUGUUUUGAUCCAGGGUUAGAGGUUGUUUUGAAGACCUUUUGAGUGUAACCUUUGCCUUUCUUUUACAUUCUGUCGUUAGUUUCUGGUUUGCGGUAAAGUUUGGUCACACCCAUGCAAAGAUUUGAAGUACAAGCAACUUCAAAACUCAAAAAGCAGAGUUUACAGCAAAGUUCAGAAAUUGACCCGUUGCUUCUUUAAACCAUGGGUUGUUUUUGUCCCACUCCUGCUUCACUUUAAAAACUCCCAGGCGGUUACUUUAAUAUGCCUAAAAUUCUUUGCACUUUGUGUUGAACAGAACAAAAGUACUCAAGGUCUGAGCUAAGCAUGCAGGUGCAUCAGAUCAGCCUUUCAAUCAUCAAGGUCAUGGUUUUUCAAGGCUGGAUACAAGAGGACAGCUGGUCUUGGUUAAUGUUCUUGAAUAGUGUGUGAAUCACCUCAAACAUGACACGAACGCGAAGAAGUCAACUGCAGUGGUUAAUAAAAUGGUGGAAACUGACUGCAGGCGACUUUGCAUUAUGAAGAAGUCUUAUGUCUAAGGACGUCCUCAGGUCAGACUGUUGUGACUGAUUACAUAACUUAACAUUAUGGGGAGAAAUAGCUCACACAUACUAGACAUGUAAGAAACAGACAAAAACAACACUAGAACUCCUGAAAAGAAUCACUGAUGAGAUGCCAGAAUCAAUAAUUGGACUUGAAGUUCUACUCCGGAUGUUUUUUUAAUACUUAGUUCUCAGUGGUCUUGAAAUUGUGAUUAUGAAGUUCUUAGCCAAAAUUACAUUACCUGUCAUUUUCAAGGGCUUUUCUGCUGCAGAGCUCCAGUAGAUCAUUAGCAAUUCACCACUGAGUCGUGGGCGGAGACUGCGCUGUUCUGCACACUUCUCUUCAUGCUAGAUUGCAGCUUAACAUUGCCGGUGUAGUAGAUGUGGCAGGUAACAUAGGAUCUAUUCAGCUCUCAGGCACUAAUGUCUUUGGGGACAUGAUGAAAGUUAAUAUAAUUUUUAGCUUUCUAACGAGCAUUGCAAUCCAUUAACGCACACGCUUGUUCUGUGAUCAUCCUCUCUACUUUUUUGACUGUGGCCUGAAUAAUGGGGGUUUGGGGAGGAGCUUGGAUUUGUGACAUAGGAAAUCUCACUGAAUCUGAGCCUGCCGUUUGGGUCUUCCAGAGAUUUACAGCGAUUUGAAUGCAGACAUACUCAGAAAUGCAAUUUCACACUUAUUUUUCCUCAUGAUAUGUCCUGUAUUAUCAAAAAAAUGCCAUAUGAACAUGUAGACAACAUGAAAAACAUGAUUUUAAUCGGAGUGGGUCUUUAAGAAACUGUUUUGAAUUGCAAAAAAUUGACUUUUAAAGGUACAGUGUGUAGAAUGAGAAAAUGUUGCUGCAUUUAGCAGUCCGAUUCUUGAUUGAAAUGCUCCUUUGCUCUUGUUGGUGAAACAACGGUGGCCUUCAAGGACAAAAAGCAUCUAUGGUAAAUGGUAGUGAAAGUUAAAACUCAUGUGAACCAGCUCUUGACCUGAGCUUAUUGUUUGAGGAUCCACCGUGUGUUUGUAUAUAAAUAUUUUCACCUCAUGUAGCCUGUUGAAGUAUCAGUGGAUGUUUUCAAUCACUCCCUUUUUUAAGCCGUGGACCCUCUUUGUCUAUUGUUUCAUCUGAUUUUCCAGAUCUGUGUUUAUGAGGCCUAAUAAUUUCCUGUUGUUCCAGGGCUGAUAUUAAUAGACGGCAUAUAUUUUUAACUGUGCCAUUGUUGGGUGGAGGUAGUCGAUGUGAUUAUACGUGAGGUUCUCGUGAAAAUAGAGCUUCCUCUUUUAAAAAGGAAGUCUCCGAGAAAUUCCUGGCAUAGGUGGAAUAGCCCUGGUCGGAUCUGGGCAGAGUCCUGUGUGAAUGGAACUCCGACGCCCACAUCCACCCACUCACACUUCCUUUAAAUGAAUUCAAGUUUGUGGGGAUACUCAGUCACAGGCACAAAAGCUCCUGGAAUGAGACUUACCACUAACGUUAAAACUGUAAGCCUGUGAUCAUUCUUAAACUAGAGAAAGAGAAAAGCUAAGGAUUAUGGAGCUAAGUAUUUUCUCCUUGUGUCGUUCUUACAGGCUAAAGGGCGGAGAGAUGGCAUGGUGGCAUCCAAUGAAAUCAGACGCCGGCCGCUGUCGUCGGGUGAGGUGGAGGGCGUGUCGUGGCAGGGCCCACGGACCAUUUUCAUCCAGAAGAACUCGCAGGGAUUCGGCUUCACUCUGCGUCACUUCAUCGUCUACCCACCAGAGUCCUCGAUCCACAGCCUCAAGGUGAGCUCUCCACUCAGAACAUGUGUAUUUUAGUCUACCAUGACUCAUUUCAGUCAUUUGGAAUAAUCUGAUGUUCAGGGCAGCUGACAAAUCUAAUAAAAUCUGCAUCCUUUUAACCUGAUUAUGUCAGAAAGAGAAUGUUACUAUUCCCUUUGCAGCACUUCAAAUCCAGCCGAGCUAGGAAUAGUUCACAAAGCUCCAAAUAUGACGCAGCUUAUUCCAUACCGUGUUUUAUCAUUUAGCCAAGAGGGGGGAGUGUUUUUAUAUUACAAAUUCAGCUCAAUCUAGAAAAGCUAAAAGUUAUCAUAUCAUGGAAUUGAGGACAACUUCAUUUUUAACAUUUUAUCCGUCGAUUAAGUCGUGAUCAUGUGUAGAGUCAAAAAAAUCUCACUCCAUCCAGAGUUUCUAAUAUUCUGUUUCCACUUAAAGGAGAAAGAAAUAUGGCACUUUUCCCAAACGAACUAAAUUUAAAUGGUCAUGAACAGAUGAAAAGUGUGUCAGUCAGCUUAUUUUUCACCUUUUACACAAAUACAAAUAAAACCAGGACAAGUAAGUUGACAUGUUGAGUCAAGACCCCACCGUUGUAUGUCGUGGUCUUAUGUUGUAUCCCUCUCAUUAGUUGGUUACCAGCUACAGACACAAUAAUUCAAAGUUUGAAGUUUCAUUAAUGUUUGAUGCAUGUGUAUCUAUGGUAACGCUUUACAGUAAGGGUACAAAUAUUUUGGUGCUCAAUCGAUGUGGAAGUGUUGCAUGACUCAUGAUGAAUUUCUGUCUGAGUACAUGAGGGAUGCAUCAUUAAUUCCUGUUCCUGAACUUACGAUCAUAUGUCUCAUAUGUCCAGCAGCUCAUCACCUGUAGUCAUAGAAACUUGAUCAAUAUUACAUAAUGGGAAACAGGAAUUAAUGAUUCAUCCCACAUGAAUCCAGUCAUGAACCAAACAAUUACCUCAACGUCAAUUAAAGUUCCUGUGGGGAACUUUUUGUUUAUAUCAACUUUGUGGACCAUGCGACCAUUGCAUGCUUAAGUCGGGUUUAUUGACAAAAAAAAAAAAAAGAGCAAGAUUGUUUCCUGUCAACUUUUGACAGUCAGAUGUAAAAUUCAUUAUGAUCAUUUUAUGUGAAAAACAAGACUGUCUCUUCAGCUGCUCAUCUAACACCUUCCCCUUUCGUACCAGUUUCAGUCACUAAAAAUAACUGAACAGUAAUAGUCAGUCUUAUCCCUGAUGGUUUUGUUUGGUUUUUGAUAUCAUGAAAAGGGUCAAUAUGAUUUUCAAUCUGUUUCACUGAUGUCAAAAAACUCCUCAUAAUAGCUUUAAGCAUAAAUUCACUAAAAUAUUUGUAUACUUAUUGUGAAGUGUUACUGCUUGUAUACUCAGCCUGCAUGAGCUUCAUGUGCCCAUAAGUUCAUACAAAAUAAGUUUUUAACCGAGUAAACAUAAGUAUAAACCUAUUAAAGAGACUGUCUUGUCUUUUUCCAGGCUUUUAGACAAAAUUAGUACUUUUGAUUUAAAGAUAAUUUUUAGAUUAUAAUAACAACUUUCUUAUAAAAUUAGAAAAUAGUCACGUAGAUUCAACAACUGGUAGCUUUUCCAUUGCAAUAGUAUGAGGGAAGUGAAGGACACUGAUUCACUUUGGAGGUACGUUGAGUCCAAGUUCCCCACAUAGAGCAGAAAACAGGACGUCCCACUCACACAGCAUGCAUGGUCUGUUUUGCGUGUUUCUAAAACAUUUCUUUAAGUACAGUGACUUCUUAAACAAAACACCUUUAAACACACUGAGUUUAAAUCUGAAGAUGUUCAGAAAGCGUAACACCUCUUCACCAGGUAUGCUUUCAUCAGUCAAGUCUGAUUGUGAACAUGUGUGCACUUUCAAGGUGUUACGUUUGACCUGUUUAGUCACCCUGGCUACUUUUCCUGUUACACUACACUGAUGCUGCACUCACACGUGUAAAGUAGUAAUGUAGACAGUAUGCUAAUGUAAUUCUGGCCCGGGGAGAGGUUAGUGUUGUGUAGCAGCAGACUGUGCAGCGCUCUUUGUGUGUCCCGGUCAGGAAUGAGCCAAGUCAGCGAAGCAUCAAAGCCUGAGGAUAGACUCAGCCAAAAGACAGACAGACGCACACUGAUGCGCACACAGACAGUAAAACUAACAUGGAAACAGUAUGUCACAGAGAGACACACAGACAUUCAUUCAGAUUGUAAAGCAGCCAAUCAGGCAGCUGGGAAACGUCCCAAAAGGCCAGGUCAGCUGGAGUCCCUCAAGCCCGGUAAAUGUGGGCUAAGCAGCGCCCCCUUGUGGUCAUCUUCUUUGACACCUCCUUUGUGUUUCUCUAACAGGAUGAAGAAAACGGAAACGCCACUGGAAAAGGUGUGUAGAUAGUUUUUUUAUGCUGACUUAAACAGUUAAAAGUCUUUUGAUGCUGUUUGGAAAUAAUGUAAAUCAUACUUCAUUAAUCUUGUUUAAGAUCUUCUGUACACGAUAUGGACAUGUAAGCUUGAACUGGAUUUAAACUGGAUCUAAAUUUGGUCGUGUCUAAACAGGUUGUCAGCAGUCUCGUUUGGAGCCAAUGGACACCAUCUUUGUUAAGAGUGUCAAAGACAGUGGUCCUGCCCAAGAGGCUGGGCUGCGGACAGGUAGACACAGACACACACAUACAAAAGCACAACAGAGUUCAGUUUGUUAAAUCUCAUCAAUUAGUUUACACUCAAGGAGCUGAGGCUACCCCUGCUAAUCGCACCAAUUACGCCAACAUCUCACCAAUCCUUGUCUGCGUUUCCACAGAGACUCCAUUAAAAAGCUGUGCAAGUAACCUUAUUACCAAAUACCCUUCCUAGAUGUCAUUGGGCCGUUUUGCAUUUUUUAUGCUGACAACUUUGGGCCACAGGAACCAUUUAGUUUCUUAAAGAGAAGUCCCUGGAACUAAAAGUUCUGAGCGCUGUUGGUUGAAAAGAACCGAAACAAAAAGUCCCUCAUUGAAGCUUUAUUAAAAAUGGCUCCUGUUUGCUGUCAAUUCUCACUAGAAAUAACAAGCAGCAUUAAGUGCUUUUUGUGCUUUGAGGCCCUGGAUCUUGUCUGUCAGGCUAUAUGAAAAUUUAAUCAAUCUUCAUGCCCUGUUUACGUAACAUUCCCCUUUACUUAGACUCAGAUGAAUAAUCAGUAAACCUGAGGAAGACUCUAAAUAUAUUUUUAACCCAUGAUGUAAAGUUUAGAGAGCCUCUUAGAGAAUUUAAAACACUUUUUUCUGAUUUUGUAUGUGUGUGUUUUGAUGUUUUUUGUUGUUCAUGUGUGUGUGAACUUCAGGUGACAGGUUGGUGAAGGUGAAUGGGGAGAGCAUCUUGGGGAAAACCUACUCUCAAGUGAUUGCUCUCAUCCAAAACAGGUUUGGCCCUACAUGAAAAUUUGAUCAUAACUAGUAUUCAUGCUAAAGCUGAACUUUGCGUUUAUAAAAUCUGAUCUCUUUGUAGCGGAAACAUCCUGGAGCUCUCUAUUAUGCCAAAAGACGAGGAUGUGUUGCAGUUGGUAAGUGUGAGUAUUAUCUUUUCUUCUUCUUUCUCUCUCUCCCUUCUUUUUUCACCUUGCGAAUGUGUGAAGCUGCAGUUUGCAGUUAGCUAGGGUGUUAAUGCAUAAAAAGCAUGGAAUAUGAAUUGUAAAGCGACUCUUGUAGCCACUUUUGCAGGUUAACUUUGGAAGUUUGAAUUGUGCAUGAACAGAAGAGACUUUUAAUUUAGCUUUUUUGAGAGGGUAGUUAAUUAGCUGUAGAAAGAAACUGUCAUAGGACCAAAAAGAAAAAAAGAAAUCUAUAAAAAAUUAUAAAAACACUUUAAAUAUGUAUGUAAAGAAUUGAUGAAUAAAAAAUGUACUUUCCUUUUCUGCUUGAAUCCUCAGAUAAGUUUAUCAUAUGUGACAGUUUGUGAAUGUUGACCUUUAAAGGCUCCCUCAGGACCUUCAUGGCCUUUACGCAGAGAAACUGUCAGUCGAGAAAAUGUGACACUUGUUGUGUGCUCAGAAUAUUACAGUUAUGAUACAGUUAAUACUAUUUACACUGAUCUAUACAAAUACAGUUGCAGCGUUGGUUGGUUACUAAGGACUUGCCUUAAAGGAGACCCAUUAUAAUCAUUUUGUAUCAUUGUGUAAGUCAGGGACACCUGUAGAAGAGCUUGUAUGAUUUACAGCUUCUUUAUUAUUUACUGGCACUUUUAGAAAUUCCUAUUUUAGUGUUAUUUAGCCUGAAAUGCCUCAUUUUGGCUGCUUUAGACGUAGCCAAGGGUGCUACUUUUUACACAGCUUUGAAGGUAAAAAAAACCCCUAAAGUUAGACUUGGUCACUUAGCCUUGUUAUUUAAUGUUAGCUAUUGUUACAACAGCCUUUUUAUUAUGUUACAUGCAGUUUUUGGUUCUGAGCCUUCAUGGAAGCUUUAUAUGGAUUAAAUAGUCUCGGGUCACAGUUGAGACUCAAAUCCAGCUCAUACUGGCUUUUGUUUUCAAAGAAGUCAUUAGUGAAGUUGGGAGCUCCGACAGCUAUGUUGUCGCCCCCAAAACACACAAACUAUUAUUUGUUGGUGUUAAAGUAGUGGUCUGCAGAGUAGGUCUAGUUUUUUGCACGGUGCUUGUUGCAUCUGCAUCACUCUCUCCUCUGACUGAUCCUUCAACCUUUUCCACUCUUUUCUCUCUGCUGAGUUUUACAUUGUAUAAUCACUUUUGUCCUCAGGCAUACUCCCAGGAUGCCUACCUUAAAGGCAAUGAGCCGUAUUCAGGUGUGGCUCAGAACCUCCCUGAGCCCCCGCCUAUCUGUUACCCCUCCGCAAAGUCCAGCUCCGCUGCCCCACCACCCAGCGACAGCCUCCACGCUCCUCUGGACAACUGGCAGUGCCGACCUGGCCCCACCACGUCCCCUUUGGACAACCGCCCCCCUGCUGCCUCUCCCCCAACCUCCGGCUGGUCCGGAGGUCCUGAAGACUCCAGCGCUCAAUUUGCUCCCUGGGGGCGGCACCGCGGACGCUCCUCUUCAGCCAUCAAUGCUCUGGACUUUCACUUUGCUAACCACAACGCUGCCAUCGCCUCUGCAACCUUGCCUGCCCCGCGGAAGAGCAGCAUGCCGGCCUCUUCUCGCUCUCGAGCCGAUGCUCUUUGCCACCAGGCUCUGUCGGACUGGUACUACAGCCAGGCAGAGGCUGCAGAGUCUAUGUCCCCCCGCCACCGCAGUAUAUCUCAGGACCGUUUGGCAGAGCUGGGGCUUGGAUUGGCUCUCGGACCCGGACCCGCACCUGCUUCCACAACCUCUGCAGAGCAACGCAGGAGAGAAACCCUCCUGCACCACCACCAGGCGGCUGCUGCUUCCCAUGAUUCCUAUUGGCUGGGAGGCUGGGGUGGUGUAUCAGGACCAGGAAGCCGGUCAUGCUCAGAGAACCUGCUGGCGGCCUACGCCGAGUACGAGCACAACUACGGGCGCUCUGUGGAGACUCUGGCACAAGCCUCUGCGUUGGUCUCAAAACGCUACGAUCAGUCCUCACAGGGAACUCAAACCACAAAAUUCAGUGAGCAGAAAGACCAGAGAGUCUCAGCAGGACAUCAACACCAAACUACAGUAACAAGCCCAGUCCCUGCUGUCUCCCCAGCGCCUCCUAAUGGCAGGCAGCCAGGUCAGCAGGUGGCUGAACCCCAAACUAGGAGAGUAAAAGGUGAAGAGCUGGUGGGCUACCAAAGUUACAGCCCUUCAUUCUCCCGUAAAGCUGGUCACCUCCUCCAGCAGGCCCACUCCUUCAGAGAGCCCGGCUACAGCGGCCCCCACCUCAACUGGAGCCCACCCAGCAGAAACGAAGUCCCCAGGCCUCAGUCGACCCCCGCUCUCUCUGCAGCUGAGGAGGAGAGAGCCAGACUGGCUGAGGACAGGGAGGUUAUCUCCCCCAUUUCAUUGAACCAGGAGGUGGUGCUGAGGCAGAAGCCGCCCUCUGGACGUCGAACCCCUGUUCAGGCCCUCCGACAUCCCCACUACACCUCACCUGUGGAGUCACCUGAGCCUCCUGCUCUGACGCCUUCACCAGGGACGCCUUCUCCGGUCUCUGGGGGUCCUGGACCAAACCGCAGGGCUAAUGGUAGCCUGGCACAGCAUGCUUACAACUCCCUGUCCUCUAUACCCUUCAUAGGUUAGUGACCUUUUCUCUGUAGCAACUGACUUUAUUCUUCUAGACCAAAAUAACCUUAAACAUGUUCUGAUAAUGCCAUGGAGCUUUGAAUCAAUCCGCUAUGAUGUUAUAAUUAUAUUUCAGUGUCAUUUUGUUUAACUCAUAAGCAACAAGUUUAAAAGGUUUUAUAGUUUUACAAGAAUUCAAGCAUUCGGGCAAACUUGCAGAAAGGAAUCAAUAGAAAUAUAGGAAGGUUAAUAAAGGAAAUAGAGAAACACGAUGAAAAAUAAUAAAAAUAAAUAAUUCAAGAUAUGUUCCGACUAAAAGAAAGGCAAAGAAACGCUAAUAAUAAAUAGAAACAAAUUUUAAAAAAAUGUGAUAAUGAUUUUAAAAAACAGGGAUGGUCACUUCUGCCAAAAACAGACUCAGACUUUUUGUAAAUUUUAAUCAAAUCGUUAUCUGGCAUUCUUUCAACUAGUUUAUUAAAAUUCUGUUGUGGCAAAAUCAAUUUAUUGUUAGUUUACAGUGUUGGAGUGAGCCAGACUUCUGCAGCUCAGCAGAGACACAUGGCAAGGUUCCCUGCAGCUGAAAACAAAGUUCUAAGUAGUUAUCCAUCAGUGAAAUUAAUCAAACAAACCCCCACAGGUUUGGGUUUGAGAUGUACCUUGAGAGGGCUGCAAGAUAUUAGAAAAGAUUGUCAUCUUUUCAUUUCCAAAUGAAUAUAGAAAUAUUUACACUAAAUUCUAGCAAAAUACUGCGCGUCUAUUAUUGAAUUUAUUUUAGUUUGGAACUUCCAUUUCCAGUCCAUUUCCUUGCAGAAAAUUACACCCCAGUCCUUCUUUUACCACAUGGGGUUAAUCCCUGUGCCAAAAGUAAAGACGUAGGGACCUGUCCACCUUAUAAAUAGUCACUGUAUGUGUCUACAGCAUCAACCAGCACCAAGGUAAAGUGGUGUCAGGAAUACACAUGCUUUAAAUCCAUCAAGUAUAAUCAAAAGUCUGCCUUUAGCAUCAUGUUUGAUUUCUGCGACCGCAGCGGCAUUGCUUGUAUAAUACGAGGGUAUCAAUGUAGAAAUAUCAUGCCGCCUUUCCUUGAAUGUCUUUUAGCUUUCCUUCAACUCAAACACAAAUGGUCCUACGUCAGAAUUCAUACAAAGCGAAAAAACUUGUUUUGCUUUUAUUCUGAGUGCAGCAUUAAAAGCUUCCACAGACUCGGUCCAUGUAAAAGCCUCGGACAGGCUUUUCCAGGAUGUGAGGACAGCUAGGAUUUAUUUUGGACGUCAUUAAUAAUUGCACAUCUUCAUUCUGAAGCGGUUGUAAACAAGACGUGGUCGACUAAGAGUUUCAAAGGAAGAUAGAAACACAGUUGUCCAGCCAAAGACAGAAAAACUCUUGUUCAGCUCAGAUCUCGUAAGUUACCAAAUGGCAUUCUCAGUCAUUGUUUACUUUGAACCUUUACUUGGUCUGUUGCUACAGAGCUCUUAAAUAUUUCAGUCGACUUCCAUCUGACCAUUUUAGUGUGUGUUUAUGGCUUCUUACAUGUGUCACAAACAUGUAAACAUGAUACUUGUCUCCCCUGUUUUAAGCUGUGUUAUUGUAAACUAAAUGUUAAAUGUUUUAGUAUGAAUUUAAAACUUAAAAAACCCUGUGUUUGUUUGUGUUCAACAAGGAUUUGAGGGUGGAUUUUGAUUGUUGGAGACUUUUCAUAGAAAUGGAGCUGAUCUUGUUUAUUAUGAGCAACAGGCCACAGAUUUAUAACAUAAGCCAAGAAAUCUAUAGUAGCCAGACAAAACAUAACCCACAUACUUUAUUUAAGGUUUGGGGGUGGCAUAUGGGGGGCAAUGAGAUAUCAUAUAGGGCCCAGGACACCUCAAAUCUACCCCGGGAUGAACUGAGUGCUUCCAGCUUAUUGCACACACUGAUACAGAUUUCCCUUUAACUCAACGCUACAGAUACAAUCAUAGGGUCCUCAAGACAGCAAUGUUUUAACUUUGCACAGAUUUAGCCAUGCACCCCAACUUUAGCAUGUAAGCAGCUGACCAGAAAAUUAUACCUAAUGAAUGUCUUACAUAGUGCAACAAAAAGCAUCUUUUUUCAGACUUUGGGAUCAGAUCACCUCAUUGGUUAAGUAUAACCAAUGUCUCCACAUGCUGUGAAUAACUCCACAGGGAGUUGUGACUCUGUGAGUUUAUUACUUUGCAGUGCAGGGAGGAAGUGAUGUUUCAAAACAGAAGUCUCAGGGGUAAAUUACACAGAUUUUUUGCCUGAUUUGGGCUCAUAAUCAAAUAAAGUGCUAAGUACUGUGGGUUAAAAAUUGACAACUGAUUCCUGCUGAUCUUCCCGGAGAAGAAUCACUUUCUAUCCAUCAGAGUUUAUUUCUUCCUAUCAAGCGGCUCCACCUCAGAGAAAUGUUCCAACAAACCAAACUCCCCUUCCUGUCGUCUUUACCUGUCAGUUUGUCUUCAUAAUCUUGUCUCACCCCUUGUUGUUGCUCACCUGUGAUGAUGACCUUCCAGAUGAACCCGCCAAUCCUAGUAAUGACCUGCAGGCCUCCUAUGUACCUGCCUGCUCUGUGGUGUCCAGUUCCCAGGCUUCCACCCUCACUACCAUCUCUGUCUCCCCCACCCUCACCUCCAUCUCCCCCAUUGUGCAACUUCGUUCUCGGGACUGCAGUGAGUCUCACACUGAAUACUGACAGGCUAGACUAAUAUACAGAGUGUGCUCAGGUAUCUCUGAACUGGUUUCUGAGCUGAUGUCAGUGUUUGAAGUCAAACUGAUUCAGCAGAAUGACACAGAUAUAUUUGUCUAUCCUUGGCCUUUGUUUUAUCUUUAAGGGUAAUCUCAGUAUUCUUAAACCUGGAUUCUACUUUUUUAGGGUCCAAAUGACAAACAGUUUGAAAGCCUGCUUUGAAACAGGCUGCAGCUUUAUUCUCAUUGGUAUCUUUUGGUAGAUCCCACAGAAGAGAGGCAGGUCUGUCAGUGAAAAGUCCUUUUUUAAUUAAAAUAAAUCACCAGUCAACAUAGGAGUCGUAACUCCUGUGUUCUGUGAUAUAAAGUCUCCUGUACAGUCUUGUUACUGUUCCUCAUUUAGACUCUAUAAUAUGUAGAAUAAAUAAAAGGCCCAGGUUUAAAUUCAGUAAAUGUGUUUUUUAUAGUAUUGUAAAUAUUCUAACCACAGACUAACUGUGAUGUUGUAUGUCUCUGUUUUAUCACGCGUCCAUGAGGCUGAUCCUUUAUGUUGUAUUAACCAAUCACUGUUUGAAAUCACAAAUCCCUUUCAUUAAUCACCGCCUUGUCACUCACAUAGCCUACAUUUUAUUUUCCCUUAUCCUUCUAUGUCAACCUCCUCUUCUCUGACUCAUCUUCUCUCUCCUCAGGAAGUAUUAAAGGUCGUCGCUCCUCUUACCUGCUGGCCAUCACCACCGAGAGAUCCAAGUCAUGUGACGAGGGUCUGAACAACUUCAGGGAAGAGAGCCGAGUCUUCUCGUAAGUCAGGGAAUCUGGAAACACGAAAUGAAAAUCAGUCUUUCCAGAAGAAAUCAAUAUAUUUCUUAGACUGUAAAGAAAUACUUGGGUUAAAUAUAAUCCAUGUAGGAGCAUGAAUGGCUUGAACCUCAAUACCAAACACCAAAUCUUAAGUUUGACUAUGCACUAAAUACUGGAUUUUUAGGAUGAGCUGCAUGUCUAUGUAGAGAUGGGUGACCCAGACUUUUUCCUCCCAGCUCCUAGUUAAAGCUUCUGCAAGAAAUCAAUGUGAAGGGGAAAAAAUGAAUAUAAAGGACAUGUAAGAACAACAACUUUGGAAGCCUUUAGGUCAGAAAGUUUUCUAAAUAUUUGCAUAUGAAGUAAAAAUUAAGUCAUGAAAAAAAGUUUCAAAAUUAGACUACAUCUAUAAUAUUCAUUGUUUUUUUUCUGAUAUAGUUAAACUAUAGUAACAAAUACAAACAUGUUAAAAAUUGUUGUUUUUUUUGUCAUGAUUUUCUGUAUGUUAAGUUUUGAUAUUGAAUGGCAGAUAAAGAAUUAAAGAAAUAAUGUUGUGGUUAAAAUAUCCACAGUAAAGCUUAAAAAACACAAAUAAAAUAAAAUAAACACAAGAAAAUUGUCAGUAUAAUAAGAUGUGUUUCAAAAAUGUGAUUUUAAAGCUUUUGGCUUGUGUCAAUUUUGGCACCUCCUGUGGACAAGCAGCAUUUGCUUACUUUGUCCUCUAUAUGCUUAAGUAGUGUCAUUAUAGACUAAAUAAUCUCAUUCUGCCAACCUUAUUUAUUAAUAUUAAUAUUUGAUAUCUAAAUUAUAAAAUCAGGGCUGCCUAUUUCAGCUGCUCAGCUGACACCUACCCCCUCCCACCAGAUUCAGACAUUAAAGAAGGACAGAUCAAAAAUUGUAAGUCUUAUCAGUGAUGAUGUUAUAUGCUUUUGUUUAUCAUGAAGAGGCAUCAAUAUGAAUUAUAAGUUUAUUUUGUAAAAAUCUAAGACUCAUCACUGGAGCUUUAAACCCUCCUCAUGUGUUGUCCUGUUUUUUAACCUUUAAGUGUUUUUGAUUCUCAAGUUUGUUAGAUAAAUCUGAGACUAACGGGAUGUUGCUGUAAUUUCUGUUCCACAGUAAACUACCAAAAAGGGUCAAGAGCUUUUUUACUGAUGGGGUGAGUCUCAGUCUUCUUGUUACACCAACACUUGUCCAGUGAUCACAUAUGCUGAUAUUCAGAGUCUAACCUCUUGGCAGAUUCUUCUCCUUUUUAAAACCAAUUGAAUCUCUCCAUUCCAGUCCUUGGAGAGCCUGCGAGCCCAGGAAGAGGCUCGCUCCAAACGCCACUCCACCUCAGAGCUGGGGACCAUAACUUUCAGUGAUGUCCGUAAGGAGGGCUGGCUGCACUACAAACAGAUCCUCACAGAGAAGGGGAAGGUACAGAAACAGACUGCAGACACUGCUGUAACUACACCUAUAAAGCUUUCUUUCUUGUCACAACACAACAUAGAAGAUUUUCCAGAGACUUCAUGUAGAGAAACACUUUUUGAUCACCUAAAUCUCUAAAGGCCUGUCUUGCCAGGUGACCGGUGACUGUUAUGCCACUGAUAAACAAAUGAAUGUCUCUAUCUGAGGUUGUUCUUGUUUCUCCCUUCUAUCGUUGUAGAAAGUAGGAGGCGGGAUGCGGCCGUGGAAGCGCGUCUUCUCUGUGCUGCGUUCGCACUCGCUCUUCCUCUACAAAGAUAAGCGGGAAGCUGUCCUCCACGGAGCGGGGGCAGGGCCCGGCCAAGACGAACAUCCUCCAAUCAGCAUCCGCGGCUGUCUGAUCGACAUCGCUUACAGUGAAACCAAACGUAAGCACACUCUGAGGCUGACCACGCAGGACUUCUGUGAGUACCUCCUGCAGGCUGAGGACCGGGAGGACAUGCUGGUCUGGAUCAGGGUCAUCAGGGAGAACAGCAAGACCGACAACGAGGUGAGAACGUCACAGCUAGUGAAUCUUAAAGAAUUUACACAAAUCCACACACAGGAAUCUAACUCGUGAUCAAUAUCUGCUGCAGGAGAUCGGUUUCUCAAGACAAGCUCUCAUCAACAAGAAGCUGAACGACUACAGGAAACACAGGUCAGCAGGGUGGAGGACGUUCUAGUUAGAGGAAUUUCCCAUCAUCCCUGUGUAAUUAGGAUCACAGUAGCCUGGAGACAAGACCCUGUCAGAAACAAUCAAUUUAAUAAUUUGUAGUUUACAAAAAAAAUAACAAGAAGGCGUGCAUCUUUUCUGUGUUUUCUAUCAUGAAAAUAAAACAAAACCGACUUCAUUUUGAGCUGUCUGUCGUUGUUCCUCUUUUUUUCAUGCAGUCUUACAGGGAAUAAACCGGACUCCUCUCCCAGAGCUCACCGGAUGAUGCCUCCUUUCCUCCUGGCAAAGACUGACAACGCCUCAGUGAACCGAGCCUCCAGAACCGGUAAGACCGAGGAUGAGCGUGCCACACCGCUUUGAUUCUGACUGACAGCUUUCAAUCAAACUUAUGUUAAGACAUUCAUCAGUUUGAGGAUUAGGAGCACUAUAGUAGCCCUGAAAGUCAACUGCAAAAACAUUUAAUUACAGGGGAACAAAAAACAUUCUUUUCAAUGCCAAAAAUAUUUCAGAUUUUCUCUCAUUUUUAUCUGCCUGUGAAGUUGUUGUCUUUUUGUCACAGUAAUUACAUAUAUCUUUGUGAAUGUUUCUUGCUUUCAGAUGACAACAAAGCGCUGUGGGGCAUCAACAUCAUGAAGAAGGCCAAAAAGACAGGAAGUCCAAAGGCUUUUGGCGUGCGACUGGAGGACUGUCAGCCUGCUGUCAACCAUAAAGUGAGUCUUCAUUUUUUUAAUGAUGAGGCCUGACGUUGAAAUCUGCAACUACAACAUGAUUUGGAAUAUAAAAACUGGAAUAUUUUACUCUUAAACAAAUGCAAAAAAAAAAAAAGAAAAAAGUUAUCAUGCUUAGUAGCUUAACACAGUCGAAAUGGAGUUAUCUACAAACAAACCGAUUCUGCUUUUGUACCAUCUCCUUACAAAAAAACUCAGGUCUUACAAAAUUUAUUUUUAUUUUUUUGUCAAAACAUGUGGUUACAUUCAAUAGAAGCCACAGUCUCCAAAAUGUCCUCCUUAUUUUAAAGUUCCAAUAAGGGAACCUUUGAUUUGUGUCAAUUUUGGCGCCCCCUGUGGACAAAACUGUUUUGGUUUAUCUCAAGUCCAGACCUCGAGGCCCACUGUCCUGCAUGUUUUGGAUGUUUCCCUGCCUCAAAAACACACCUGAUUCAAAUGAUCAGCUCGUUAUCAAGCUCUGUAAUGGCUUAAUAACGAGCUGAUCAUUUGAAUCAGGUGUGUUGGAGCAGGGAAACAUCCAAAACAUGCAGGACGGUGGGCCUCGAGGACCGGACACUGCUCUAUAUGCAUCAGGAGUUUUAAAAAUCUCACUAUUCACACAUUAUUCCUUCUUUUCACAAUCAAAUGUAUUAUUUAUUAUGAAUAUUUGUAAAACAGGACCUUUUCUUGUUGCUGCUCGUCUGACACCACUCUCUCAAUGCUUUCUGACAUUGAAAAUUAUAACAUAAAAAAUGGCAGUCUCCUCGCUGAUAGUCUAUUUUACUUCUUUUUUUUUUUAUUUUUUUUAUUUGUCACAUUUUGGACAUGCAACAUUUAUUGGAUUUGCAAGCUUUGGCUAUGUUACAAUACAAUUUACACUUAGUCUGUGUAACCCAUAACUUUUUAUAACUGUGUGCAUUUGUUGUCAUCAUUUUUUUUCUUUUUUACGUUAGUGUACUAUUAAAAGGCAUCAGUAUACUUUUCAGGAUAGAGUAAGAAACUUGGAGAGAUGUGUUGUGACACAAAAUAAAAACUCUUUGUUUUUCCAACUGGAUUCAUUCCUUCGCUUUUAAUUUCCAAAUUAUUGUUAGUAAGUGGUACACCACACUUAACUUUCUUCUUCCUAUUUUGCAUCGUCAUCUGUCCUAUCCUCCAUCUCCUCACAGUUUGUCCCUCUGAUUGUUGAGUUAUGCUGUGGCGUGGUGGAGACCACAGGUUUGGAGUACACCGGUAUCUACAGAGUACCAGGGAACAACGCCAUGGUGUCCAACUUGCAGGAGCAUCUUAACAAGGGCAUGGACAUCAACACAGCUGAGGAGGUAUUCAGGAUGCAUGAAUUCACCCUUUGAGUCAAACUUUUUUUCAAUGAAAGACCGGCUCAUAAUAAGAAUCAUUUUGUGCAUUAGGUGUGUUAUUUAUUCAGUCUGCUGCAAUGAAAUCUGUCUCCUUGUGUCUCUACAGAGAUGGCAGGACCUGAACGUGAUCAGCAGCUUGCUCAAAUCCUUCUUCAGAAAACUGCCUGAGCCGCUGUUUACUGACGGUGGGUGCAGUACUUAUUGGUAAAGGUUACAUGAAUCAUAAAGGCUGUGUGUAGUUGGGAAAUGUCAGCAGAACUGAGGCACAGGAAGCUAACUUUGCUCCUGUGAGAGGCAUGCUGUGAUUGAAAUUUACCCUACAUAUUCAAUGGAUUUCUAUGGAGCCUUUCUGUUGGCCUAAUGUAGCUGUAGUAGUGUUUCAGGAUGUCAUUAUAAGUAUUUUGCAUGUACUAAUGAAAUCACAAUAUCUCAUUCUGACAGAUAUUAAACAUGAAGUUUAAAAACAUGAGGUGACAGGAGCUCUAAACAUUGAUUUUUGUAAGAAAUCCAAAAUAUCAUUGCUACUAUUUCUUCAGUAUUUAAUGGGAAAACCUGUGUUCAGUUACUGUGCUCCUAUAAUGUCGACCAACCUACAGCAAAAUAUGAGGGUGAAUUCACUAGUUUCAUUUGGCAAAUUCAAGAUGAUGAUGUCAAAUAAUUUUAACACGAUAUGUUGUUUUCAUUGACUGCACCUUAUUGUCUCGUUUGUUAAUUUGUUCUAAAUAAGAUACGAUACAACACUGUACGAUACAAUACAAUAUGAUACGAUAGAUACAAUACGAUACGAUACAAUACGAUACGAUACGAUUUACACCGACAAUAGACAACAAUAACAAAAAAGAAGACACAGCAAGGUGAGACAAGGCAAACAAGACCCAAAUGUAAAUGCGGGAAACCUCAAUGAUUCUCAAGAAUUAAAAAAGGUUAAAUAAAAAAAUGAAAAUAAUGCAGAUGGAUGUAAAAAAAGAAAAAAAAACACAGUUACUUGGACUUUAAUUGUCAACUCAGGAGUGGUGUGGUGGUGCUCCUGCCCCAGUCAUUAAGUGAUGAACAUGAGGUGUGUUGGUAGACUAUAUUAGAGCAGUAUAACUUCAAAACUGUCAUAAUAAAAGUGAAUACCUAUCACAAUAAUAGUGUAUAUAAUGUAAAUAGGUUGUCAGUGGACUACUUUAUAACUCUAAAAACAAAUAAAAAAUCAAACAUUUGUUUUUUUCUCGUGUUCAAUCCACUGCUUGUAAUGCAGCUCUUUAACCGUGUAUUCAUUUUCUGUCUAUAGACAAAUACAAUGAUUUCAUCGAUGCCAACCGGAUAGACGACGCAGAGGACAGACUGAAGACCAUGAAGAAACUGGUAUGUGUGUAAGAACAGCCAAAUUUACAGCAGUAGACUGAUUUGAAAAUCUAACACACUCUCUCUUCAUCAUUCAGAUCCAUGACCUCCCCGAUCACUAUUACCACACCCUGAAGUUCCUGGUGGGCCACCUGAAGAUGGUUGCAGAUCACUCUGAAAAGAAUAAGGUGCUGGAAUGGAGCAGUUUAGUUGUGUGUUUGUUUAAACUGUGGUCUGUUAUUGAGCCACAUUUAGACAUUACUUUGAUUUCAUUCCCAGAUGGAGCCCAGAAACCUGGCGCUGGUGUUUGGACCCACUCUGGUGAGGACGUCUGAGGAUAACAUGACAGACAUGGUGACCCACAUGCCGGACCGCUACAAGAUAGUGGAGACUCUAAUCCUGCAUGUAAGAUCCAGUAUUUGCUCUCACUAGUACAGGAAAUCCUUCAGCCUCCAUUACAAGUCAGUGACGAGUUUGUUUCUUCCGCAGCACGACUGGUUCUUCAGUAACAGAGACUUUGAUAAAGAGGAGAAGGUAUGUAAGACCAUGGAGAUGGUCUUGGUCGAUUUCCUAGGUCAUACAGUUGUGUAUUUCUGCAUGUGUACACAAACAUAUGAGGUUAUGUGUGUGUGCGUUUGUGUAUAGGCCCCGGAGGAUAAGCGUGACAUGCAGCCUGUACCCAAUAUUGACCAUCUGCUGUCCAACAUCGGCAGGCCGGGUAUGCCAGGAGAGGCAUCAGGUGAGGACUGUCAGAGUCAGACACUAUCAACGUCAGCCUCAUAGAGAUACUUGUUAAGAUUACUGUUAGAGGACUCGAGUUAUCUAACUGAUCGACUGAGAAAGCCUUUUGUCCUUUCUGCCUCCAUUUCUGUUUGUUUUUUUAUGAUUAAGGGGUGCCUCUCAAAGUUGUUCUCAGUUAUAAGAUGGAUGCAACAAAGUUUUGCACAAGGGUUCAUCUGUUUUAGGAAUUCAAAGGCAAACUUUUUUGUUCGUUUGGGGGAUCUUUAAUCAAUUUAAACAAACUACAGCAGUAAGUACAGAGACAAAAUGCACUAAAAUGUUGGCAUAAAGGAAAUUGAUCCUUGAUUUAAGUUUCAUUUAAACCCAUUAAAAAAGAGAAUAGAAUUACUAGACUACAUAAAUAUACAGAUAAUAAUAGAUUUUAAUAGAUUUUAAUAAUUGUAAUAUAGAUUAAAAAAUCAAGAUAAAAUAAAUUUUGUUUAUACAGAUUUUAUAAUGCAGUCCAGGGCUUAAAAAAAGUAGGAAAUUAUUCUGAAUUCAAAGCCAGAUUAGGUUUUUGUUUUAUUUUUGUAAAGAACCAAAACCAAAAUAAAAAUACAGACAGUAUAUUAAACCUCGUCAUAAAGCUGGAGCAAUGCAAAUGUAUAAAGACAGUAAAUAAAAUAGUCUAUUUGUACAUUACUAAAGCUCCUGGAGGCGUUUUUCAUUCUAAUAAAACUGAGUGAAAUUGAUGUUGAUGCCAUUUCAGGAUAUACUAAAGCAGACAAGACAAUCAGGGACAAGACUGACUGUAUUUAUUUAGUAAAGUUAAAUUCCUGAAACUGGGAGGGUUGGUGUCAGAAAAGCAAACAGCCCUGUUUUUGCAAUAAACACACAAAAAAUUCACAAUAAAUGAAAUAUUUGAUUCUCUGAAGAGAGGACAAUGGGGGAUGGUUUGCCAACAAGGGGCGACAAAUUUAAAAAGUACAUACAAAAGUGACUGGUUUCCCCCCUGACUAAUAUCUGUAAUUUGUUGAGAUAACAGUUAUUUAGUGUGGUCAGGGGCAUGUCCAGGUAUUUUGGACUACGCUGGUCUCUGUUUUAUGUGGGUGUGGCAUCAAAAGUGUGAGCAGCUUAAACGUUGAGGUAGAGAUCUGUUUGAAAGGGGCUGGUUUAAGAUUGACAGUAAGAAACAGGCCGAUUCACUGACUGAGCAAAAAUUCUUCACUAUGUUAAAGCCUCCUCUUCUAACCCUCCUCUUUUAUUCUGUACUCUGUACGCCUCAUGAAGUGUAUACUCAUGAUGUUUCCUACUUUCUCCUCACUCUCUCCUCUUUCACGGAUCCUUCUGCACUCUUAAUCUCUAGCUGAGACAUUGGAUCAGCCUCUUCGGUAGGACCAGGUCUUGCUCCCUGUGUGUUUGUGUUUGGUGCACUUGGAUUCAUUUACCCAUCUGUUCAUUUUUGUCCGUGUUGUUUUUUCACCAAUGUAUCAUCAUCCUUCCGUUUUAGUGAUGUUAAAGGUGAACUCUAGCCAUUGUUUUCUUCACUUUGGGUAAUGUUACAUCAGAGAGAACUCAUUCAGAUCUGUGAUAGUGGCUAGAGUUCACCUGAAAGGUUGCAGUUCUGGUAGUGUGUGCAGUGAUUAGACAGCUAUCACACCUUUGUAACACUCCUAGAGGAAAGUUCAGACCACAGAUUUGUCACAAUACGGCAGUGUUUAAAACCUUUAACCAGCUGAUAUCAAGGAGUAAACCCUCCAAAACCUACAUAAGAUGGCGUAACUAUCAUGACCUCCAUCCAGUUGCAGUUUUAGUCUUUGUUUUGGAAAAAAAAAAAGAAGCAGCCAUAGUAGAUCCCAGCCAUAGUAUUAGCCACCAAACAUCUGAUUUCUUUAGCGAAGAAACCAAACACAACUCACCUACUCUCUUCCAGCAGUCGCUUGUUUGUGAGGGAGUCCUGAUGAGUCGAUCACAGAGUGCAGCGGAGUUUCGCAGCUAAAGGAAGAAAAUUUAUAAUCAUUACUUCAUGGAAAUACAAUCAGACCGAGAUGCUAAGGCAGAAGAACUGCCAUGUCUGCAGUGCAAAAUGAUUAAUAUGGUGAUUAUUACUUCAAGGAAAUGAUAAAGUAAUGAUCAUAAAUGUUCUUCCUUGAGCUGUGUCACCCCACUGCACUCGGUGAUGGCUCCUGAGACUAUUGCUAUUGUGCGGUCAUUACUAAUGUUGGUGUAACUAGAGAAGCAAGCGGUCUGCAACAUUCAUCUCUCGACAGGGUGUCUAACUUUGUGUUAUGGUGUGUUUGACCAUAACUUUAAUUUACGCCAGAAUAUCCCUUUAACAGUCGAAUUUUGCUCCUGCCUGAAGUGUUGAGGCAGCAUUCAAGCUUAAAUCAGUCAUAAGGGAUGCAAUAGUUUUUCCAAAGGGCUUCAACAGCAGCUUGCAUAAGUUGGAAACAAACCACCUUCUGUAAUGUGAAUUUUCGUUUCCAAAUAGUUUCAUCUCUCGACAAAUCUCUGGUCUGAACUUGCUUUAACACCAUAACCUCCGCCAGCUCAGUUGUUACACUUCUCUAAACUGUGUUUUACUAUUUUUUUUCUCCCAACAGAUUCCACCACCAGCGAUUCUCUUAA